CUCGGCGCAUGCGCAGUGUCUGACAGCGCCGGGACAGAGAGAGGUGCGGACUCUCCGCCUCUCACCCAGGCACAGGGCAGCCGCCAGCACCGAGCCCACCCUCCGGCACCGGGACAGCGAACCUCCCAGCAUCCAGCCAAGCAGCCAGCCCAGCUCCCGGGACCAGCACAGCAGACAUCUAGCACUGGACCGGGCAACCUUCCCGGCACCGGGGACUGACUGUAUGGAGAGCUCGGACACACAGCAUCCCAGGCACUCACUGUAGGGCACACUAUAUACUGACAGCACAUUGAUACAUUGUAUACAUCAUAUCCUAGGCACUCACUGUAGGGCACACUAUAUACAUUGACAGCACAUUGAUACAUUGUAUACAGGCUGUAAUAGGACAUUGAUACAUUGUAUACAGGCUCUAUACAUCAUAUCCCAGGCACUCACUGUAGGGCACACUAUAUACUGACAGGACAUAGGACAUUGAUACAUUGUAUACAUCAUAUCCCAGGCACUCACUGUAGGGCACACUAUAUACUGACAGCACAUUGAUACAUUGUAUACAGGCUGUAAUAGGACAUUGAUACAUUGUAUACAGGCUCUAUACAUCAUAUGCAGGCACUCACUAUAGGGCACACUAGAUACUGACAGGACAUAGGACAUUGAUACAUUGUAUACAGGCUCUAAUAGGACAUUUAUACACUAUAUACUGGCUCUAUACAUCAUAUCCCAGGCACUCAUACACCCAGUACACUAUAUACAGGCUGUAAUAGGACAUUGAUACACUGUAUACAGGCUCUAAUAGGACAUUGAUACACUAUAUACUGGCUCUAUACAUCAUAUCCCAGGCACUCAUACACCCAGUACACUAUAUACAGGCUGUAAUAGGACAUUGAUACACUAUAUACAGGCUGUAAUAGGACAUUGAUACACUGUAUACAGGCUGUAAUAGGACAUUGAUACACUGUAUACAGGCACUAAUAGGACAUUGAUACACUAUAUACGGGCUGUAAUAGGACAUUGAUACACUGUAUACAGGCUCUAUAUAUCAUAUCCCAGGCACUCAUACACCCUGUACAGUAUAUACAUGCUCUAAUAGGACAUUGGCACACUGUAUACUGGCUCUAUGCAUCAUAUUCCCAGGCACACUCGAUAGUCUUAUGAUACACCUGCUAUAUAUCAUAUAUUGUAUGCAUGUGUAGCUUUCCAAGUCUAUAUAUCUCUAUUUAUAGAAUAGUCGCCCUGCCUGCUACAUUUAUUUUAAUUUCUGCCCUCAAUGAGCCCCCGUCACUGAUCACAAUAGCAUUGUAUCAGUAUGCCAUCAAACCCUGGUGAAUGUACAUAAAGCAUUGCAACUUUGUGUCACCCAGUCCUAGUGAACACAACCCAUUGCAACAUUGUAUCAUCAGCCCUAGUGAAUGCUAAUAAUCUUUCUACAGUCCUCAUACAGUACAUCAUACACACAUACACCUCCCAUAACCUUUAUACGAUCAGUGUUUGCAGAUAGGACCACAUUGCUUCCCUUAACCUUGUGACUCCAGCAUGUGUGUUUAUGUGUAAUACUGUCUAUAUACACAGUGAGAGAGAGGCACCCAGCCCUGGAUUCUUUAAACUCUGCAGCUCUAACAAUAUUUGGCAGCUGACCCACUGAUCUGUUAUAGCUUCCCUUAUAAUACAUGGCACUUCCCUUUCCUUACUCUCUGUGAGUUGUAUUCCCUUACAGUGUAUAGUGACAGCUGUAACAAAUCCGUUUUAUAGAUUUCCUGGUGUUUAUUUUCUCUGAAGGGGUUUUUAGUGGUAUUUUUUUAGUUUCUAUUUGCACAGUUGUAGUGUAUAAUGUUCAUAUUUACAUUGUUGUCUUAUUUGUUUUUUUCAAUAAACCCUAAACACUACAUUCUAAGUGAAAAUCAUUGUGCUUCCAUCAGCUCUGUUUAGUUAAAAACAGUAUCUCUUUACAAUUGGCAUAAACAAUAAUUCUAGUGCUAGUGUUACACUUGUGAUUUAUAUUUAAACAUAUCUAUGCAUGUUAGUUAAGGGCAACAUAUACAGUGUGUGCUAGUGUAUGUGUGCAGAUUCAUUCAUUGCUCAGACAUACACAGAACGUUGGACUAUUGCACUAUAACAGACACUGACAUCUGAAAACACUAGUAGCUGAUAUUUCACAUUGCAAGGGACAAUGUCUAUGCUGCCUUUGUUAAGCCGGACUGCUCUUCGCCCAUCGUGUGUGAAGCCAUUGAACUGGCUUUGGCAAAGCAGAUGUUGGUGUACCAAGCGCUCGCCAAUGCCAAGCUGUAGGCUAUUGGGCACACAUCCUAGGAAAGAACCCAUGGAAUCCCUCAACACCCCGCAGGGUGCCAAAGAUUUUAUCUAUAGUCUUCAUGCCACCGAGAGGAGUUGUCUUCUAAGAGAGCUGCACAGAUUUGAGUCCAUAGCAAUUGCACAAGGUAAGCAGAAAAUUGCUAAACUGUCAGGUGUCCUGAGUUUCCUGGCAUAGCCACCCCUUUUUUUUUUUUUAAAGAUCUAUUUUUGUAUUUGCUUCUGGUUUUAUUUGCAAUUUCUUUGCUUUUAACUUACAUAAACAGAGCUUUUGAGAAACACAAUUGUUUAAAAAUUGUUGGUCACAGUAAGUUGAAAAAUAUUUCCAAUCUGGGCUGAAGUUUGCAGUUCCCUUGUAAAUUCUCCACAAAGUUUUGUAAAGUAACUCAAAAUGUUCUCGUCUGUACCUUACAUAUAUUCUGCAGGCUGACAAAUCAUUAUUGGAAUUGUAUCCUACAGUAUAUGUGGAUAUACCUUUUGUGCACCCCUGGAAUAUUUUAUAUUAAUAACCUGGAAGCCUCUGUUCUUAAAAAUUGUAAUGUUUUAAUGCAUUUUAAUUUAAUUUUUUUUUGUGUGUAAAUUACAGAUACAUUUCUUGAUAGAGCUGGCAUGUCUGCCCUACUUGUAUUUUUAUUGUUCUGAUAUAUUCAAAAUUUCAAGUGAGAAAGCUUCAAAGUUGGUACUAGAUAUCUAACGCAGGUGCCCAGUUCUUGCUGUGGUUGCUCCGCCUCUGCUGGCUUAGAUAAUCAGUCCUGAUUAUCUUAGCCAAUCAAAUGCUUAAUUGGGAGGCUAGUGCACAUACGCGGCUAUGCCAACACCUCAUCAUAAAGAUGCACUGAAUCAAUGCAGCUCUAUGAGGAGUGUUAAGCAUCUCCAGGGAGAGCAUGGAGAUGCUGAAGGUCAGUCCUACACUGUUUGUAGGACUGAACCCUAAAAUCUUCUAUAGUGGAUGUCGAAGUCACAGCCACUACAGGUGGUGUUAGACGGCAAUGUAAACAUUACCUUUUCCCAGGAAAGGCAGCGUUUACACUAAGCCUGCAGGGACAGGGUGUCUGCCCAAGUUGUUCUGGUGCCUAUGGUGCACCUAUAAUGUACAAAUUGUAUUUGCUUGUGUGGGUGUGUAGCGUGCACCUUCGUUGGAUAACAUAUGUAAAGGUAGGUAAACAGGUUUUUGAUUUAUACGUAGAGGUUGGCAAACAUUUAAAAAUAUUUUUUAUUGUAACAAGCUCUGGCUAUAAUGUAAUUUUGUAUGCCUGUCCUGGCAUUUUCUGUAAUGUGUCCCAGAAUGCUUUGGGCUAAUGCAUCAUCAGUACAAUCUGUUCCAACCCUUGGGUCGCAGGUUCGAAUCCCGGCAGGGUUGACUCAGCCCUUCCUCUUUCCGAGGUAGACAAAAUGAGUACCAUUAAAUUGGGUAAUAGUAACAACCCCUGGAUGUUGGGCUAAGGUAACAUCCUCAGGACAUACUUGAAAACCAGAGUAAUCUGAAUGUACCUUUCCUGCUUAAAUGCUUUGUUGUUAUUAUUAUUUUGUGUGCAACAAGGUGUGAACUCCUCACUACCAACUUCCCGCAGAGUUCCCAAGGGAAGGAAAAUACAUCUAACAAGACUGUCAUGGUGAUACAUGGUUGCAGAAAAUUUGAAAUUCAGUGUCCUCAAUUCCGGCACACAUACGUGUAUCAUGAUCUUUCCAGUAUUGCGAUCUAUACAUAAUCCCGUGUUUGCUUGUGAUUGUCACAUACCGUAAAUAGAUAUAGAGAGAAUGUGAGUUUGGUAAAUUAAGUAUGUUUAGGAUCCGAAAGAAAAACCUAAAACUUGCGUUUUUUUAGAAUAAAAACAGAUGGUGAUUAGACUACAUUUCGUUCAUUCCAUGUUAAUUUUCCUAUCUCCAUUCAGUGCAAGCAUAAUAAUCCAGACCUUUUGGAAUUUAGUCAAAAUUGUUCACUUUAAUGUUUAUGCCAGUUCUGUGCACUAUUUUUUGUAUAAAAUUCCUGUAUACUAUUAUAUUCUGAAAUGAUCAAUUUUUCUGCUCUGUUGGAGUUUUUUUGUUUUUAAAUGGUUUAACCAUUUAUUACUAUCAGAGAAUAAUUAAAAUCCGUACUAAUACUAGGAAAAAUAAGUAAGUCACAAUUUCAAGGAUCUUUUUUAUUCUUUAAAGUGGAAACUAUAGCCUAAGAAUACAAAAUUGUUGUACAGAAUUGUAUUCCUAACCUAUAGUGCCACCCCUUGCAGCGCAUAAAUGAUAAAAAAAAUUUUUUGGCACUUACCUGAAUCCAUCGUUGAUGACUCUCGAUGCUGGGUCAUGCUCCGCCUUCCUUCUUCCUUCCCGUCAGGGAUCUAGUGCCUAUGUGCGGCGAGCACUGCAUUCACAUUAGGAUAACCCCAUAAGAAAGCAUUGAAUCGAUGCUUUCCUAUGUGGUUUCAGCUGAUGCUGGAUGUCACCUAACAACCCGGAAGUGCCUCUAGUGGCUUUCUAGUAGACUAGAGGUGGAGUUAACCCUGCAAGGUAAUUAUUGCAGGUUCUCAAUAACUACAAUAAUUACCAUUGCAGGGUUACACUGACAGGAACACUGCACCCAGACCACUUCAAUGAGCUGAAAUGCCUGUAGUGUCCCUUUAAACAAAAAGGAAUACCUUGUAAACUGAUUACCUGUUUCAGAAAAUUCUCCAAUCUGACAGUGGCAGAAAAAUUUGUCCAAAAAAUGGUGAACUCUUGCACUUAUAGGGAAUGGCACAUUUCUGAACACCAAAAAGAAAAAAAACCAAAUCCCCCCGCCAAAACAAAAUUGAAUUGAAAAAUAAAAUGAUGGAAGAAUUACAGAAAGGAAUAAUUUGGUGAGAAGGUGAAAAAGUGAGCGUGACACUUUUGUAGAAAAUCCACUGUGUUUUUCAACCGAAUACCACUCAAGUACAAAUAAAUACACUGAAUGUUUAGUUAUAUACCGAAGUAGUGCUCCAGUGUUCAUGUUCUGACCUUUUUGUAAUUUCCCUGGGGCCUCCCAGGGUUAAUAGUAUGUGAAUUUGAACUCAACACAUUGGCGCUGUAGAAUAAUCUGUCCCUAAAUUGCGUUGGAACUAUACUGGCGAUAUGUUUUACACCAUUUGUAAGUCCGGCAAUGAUGUAUGUCCUCUGGUGACUUAAGAAAAAUGUGUCAAGAAAAUACAGUGAUAGUGGAAAUAGUUGUUGAAUUUAGAAGCGUCUUAGGGAUAUUUAGUACCAAUUGUGAUUUUUAUUUUUAGAAUUCUCUAUAAAAUAUAUUCAAACUAUUUAGGCAGUCAGGCAGUGAGAUAUAUUCGGAGCCCUGGUUUCCUGUGCUGUAAGGGUACAUGCUCUGAAUACUCUUUCUCCAUCCACUCUGUGUUGUAACGUUUCACAUUAAAUUGCUUUCUUUUUCCAAAAAAUGGUGUUAAGACAUUUUGAGCAGGGCUAGUCUUGCAGGAAAGAAAUGAGAACCUUCAGUCCACUAAUUAAUGUGAAGACAUAGAGACCUUCUACAGUUGUUUCUGAAACCUACAGAACGAGCUCUCUCUCUCUCUCAAAAAAAAUAACUUUUAGCUGAUUAUUAGUUUAACAUGAAGGUGAAGAUCAUUAAAUGAGAUUAAAUGUUAAUUUGAGGUAUAGGUGUCCAAAUGAGAUGAUAUGACCUGUUAAAUGCUGUUUGUGGUUUUUCCUUUCAAUACAUAGGAAAGAUUUAUCAGGGCAGAGCAGGUGCUAUUUUAGGUGCAAAAUUCUAAAUGUUAAGAUACACUCUACUGGUUUCCAUGGUGAUUGGUCCUCCAGAACAGUGCCUGAUUAUGACUGUGUGUUUUCCUAUGGGUCAAGACUGUAAAGGUGACACUUCCAGCUGAAAUGGGUCAUUGGUUUCCAUGGUGAUUGCUGCACGAUUAGAAUGUUGCCCUAGAAUGGCUUUUUACCGAUAAUGCUAUUCCUGAUCAUUUUUGACAAAUCUGUCAAUAUUUAAUUUUAAUAAUAAAAAAUACAGACCGUCAUCAGACGUUGAACAGGUAAAAUAUCACUAUUAUUUUGUGCUGAACAGCUUUUUCCUUUUUUUUUUCUUUUUUUUUUCUUUUUUUAUCUCUAUCCAUUCCUGGCUAACUGAAAUCAGUCAUUUUAAUAAGGCUUUGGCAGAGCUGGUAUCUAAAGCGGAAAUCUUAAACUAUCCGUCCUAGUCAUUAAAUUGGCAUAGACGGUCAUUUAAGUAGCAAAUCUCUGGUACCUGCAAUUUUUUAACUCUUCUCGCAAUAUGCUGAAUUCAAAGUAAAUCCACUGAUUUUACCUGUUUUCCAGACCCUGAAGAAAAAUUGUAUGCUUCCAUACCAUUCUCUGGGAAUGCUAUGUGUGCGUGUCUGUAAAUAUAUUUAUCAUUUUCAUACCCCUAGAGUUGGUUUUAUGUGUAUUACUCAUUUUUGGGUCCUCUACCAGAGGGAUGGGAGUUUGAGGAUUCUGCACAGUACCUUAGCUGUUCCUAGAAAGGCACUCUUCUGAAUGAUCUCAGAUAUCCCACCUGGAAUCUACUGAAGUCACUCUCCCAUUUGAGGGUUACAGCACCGAGUGCUCCUAUCACAGCUUGGGACUACUACUGCCUUCACUAUCCACGUCCUUUCUAACUCCUCUUUCAGUCCUUGCUAUGUGUCCACCUUCUCACGUCCCUCCUUGAUUCAUAUAUAAACUGUGGUAUGGGGAAACUAUUAUUGUGUAUAUACUCCAACUUUGAUAAAAUGUGGACUGCUUAAUGGAAAAUUUCAAUGAACUGGCAAAUGUUAGGGCCAACUGGAAGACUUCUCAGCUUGACAAUUCUGGUCUAAAAUUUACUUUCAGUUCUCUGGUCAAUUCCUGACUAUUCCCAUCAGAGUGAAUAACCCUGUAAGUGUCUCCAAACUUCCUCUAGAUGUGUGUGCCUUCUGCUUCAAUCAGAAAUGUCCCCUAAAGAUCAGCCUGGGGUGAAUAACAUCCAAAGUAUUGCUGAGUGAGCCUCAAUGGGAAGUUUUCAGGUCAUUGAGGGUCCCUGUAAGGUAGGUUGGAGAUAUUUCUCAGGUCCGGUGAUCCUUCUUGAUGCAGUUUCCUUGCUGCUUCUCCAGUUAUGGAAACACAGCAGUUGUAGCUUGUCAUCGGCCCUUGUCAUCUCCUAUUUUUGACUAUCAUUAAACAAGACAUUUACAUUUUUUUUUCUCACUGUGCAGUCAUUGCGGUUAUCUUCUGGCUCUAGAUCUCGACUUGUGAGAUAAACCUUUAACGUAUCCUCUUUCAGUCCUAAGUGCUAUUUAUAUCCUUCAUUUUUGGCAUCGGGGGUGUAAACUUACAUUACUCUCUUUUUGUAUAAAUUUACUAAAGGCAGUUUGUUGCUCUGUGCUUGUUAUGCAGCUGCCACUCUCAAUAUUCUCAGCCAUCCGCAGUGAUGCUCGUUUAAGAGGAGUGCUAAGCACCAUGGGACUGCAUCCGUAGAGCUCUCUGUUCUAGAGGCUUGCAUCCCUAGUUGGUAAAGGAAGUCUCGGUCCUGUAGCAGAGGAAUAAUUUGAUCAUGUUCUGAAAUCUGAGAUCUGGGUGUGCUGUCAUAUGGCUUGUGUUCAUUGUUUCCAGUUCUGUUUUUGGCCUGUGCGGCAGCAGUAAGGGAGGAGAUGGCAUGUGAUCAAGGGAGAAGUACAGAAGUGUAUGGAAUGAUUCAGAGUUCCCAAGCAGUAUGACUGAGUGAUUACAGUUGAUUAUAUAGGAUGUCAGCAUGAGAUGCAAAUGUCAGCAUAUUCUUUACUACCUACUAAUUAAUAGAAUUGUUUGUGGAAAAAUCUUUAAACUCCUUUCAUGAAAAUUGGAGUUGGUCCUCUUAUCUCACCUUCUGUGUCACUUUUUUUUUUAAAAUAAUUGAUCAAGGUUCACAGCGUCGAAAAAAAGAAAACACAUCUGAUAGGAGAGUGCAAAACAGAUACAACUCCUUAUCGGCACUGGCAGUCUUGCACUGAAUACUGUGAGAUAUGUUGGUGCUUAAAAAUAGAAUGUUAAAGGGAAACUGUCAUUUUUUUCCCGAAUUAUUUUAAAUUAUGUUUAUCAAUAUAAUUAACGUUUUAUGUGUAUUUGAGGUGUGAAAAAUAAAAUGUAAAUGUAGAAAUGGAAAAAGGGACACUAUAGUCACCAGAAGAACUACAGCUUAUUGAAUUUGUUCUGGUGAGUAGAAUCAUUACCUUCAGGCUUUUUGCUGUAAGCCCUGUCUUUUCAGAGAACAUGCAGUGUUUCCAUUACAGCCUAGUGAUAGCUUCACUGGCCGCUCCUCAGAUGGCUGCUAGAGAUCCUUCCUGGGUCAUGGCUCAUCCAAACAUUCAGUGUCUCCUCCCUCUGCAUGCAGAUACUGAACUUUCCUCAUAGAGAUUAAUUGAUUAAAUUCAUCUCUAUGAGGAGAUGCUGAUUGGCCAAGGCUGUGUUUGAAUCAUGCUGGCUCUGCCCCUGAUCUGCCUCUUUGUCAGUCUCCUCCAUUCCUAUGGGGAAGCAUUGUGAUUGAAUCAGGCUACCACUUCUGCUGAUGUCAGCAGGCAAUGGGCAGGUCUAAAGGAAACCGUGACAAAGUAAGCAGCUCCCGACUUGAAUAAAAGUAAGAUUUUACUAUAUUUAGGGAGGCAAGAGGGGACCAGGGGGGCUAGAUGGUGGUUUUUAACCCUAUAGGGUCAGGAAUACAUGUUUGUGUUCCUGACCUUAUAGUGCUCCUUUAAAAGAAAAUUGUGCUCCCAUGAGAAAUGGUUGACACAGGCAAUAGGUGAUUUUAUUUGAUGAAGUGUCUCUUUAAAUGCUUAACAGACUGCCACAUAGAAAGAUUUUGCUCCUGUAUAUACUGAAUUUGGGGAGAGAAGAGAGAUACAUGAAUUUGCUAACAGAAGCAUUCAAAAUGAUUAUAUAUUUAUAAAAAGCAUUUCACAAUAAUUUAGGAUGUAUAUAAUGUUAAAAAGAAUGGUAAAAUAUGGCCAUCAUCAUGGAUAUGUUUGUGUCUCUCCAAUACUGAAACCAUUAACGUCUCAUUAUCAGUGAUUUGCUGUACAGGUGAUUAUUUUGGCAGUAUGGUUCCUUUUCUCCCAGUACGUGUUUAGAUGUCAAGCUCCCAUCUCUAAGUCUUGCUGUCAUUAUCUGAAAUUAUCUCGUGAUGGAAUCUAGAGAUACUGAGGAGCUCGUUACUUGAUUAUUUCUGCUGCUCGAGGUUUUGAACUUGCAACUACUGUCUAUCAGACACAGUCCUCUUAUAAAUUCAAAAUUCUACUUAUUUUUUUGUCUCCAUCUAUCCAGUUUUGUACUUACAUUUUGCAUCCGGUUUGGAUUCAAAGGGAAAACAAAAACCGCUAUGAAUUGUUUCAAGAUGUUUUUAUACCUCUUAUUGAUGAUUCUUUGUGUUUACUUUUUCAUUUAAAUGUCAACUAAAAUAGCCAAGCUGAAUUAAUUAAAACAUUUUCCAAAGAAUUUCAGCCUACAUUUUACAAUUUGUUUUUCCAAUCUUUACAAUUCACAGUGUAGUAAAUAAACCGGAAAAUAUAUAAAAUUAUCACAUAUUCACAAUUUGUAUCAUAACACCAACAGAAAAAUAUAAGCAUUAUAAAUAAAAACUUAGUUUAAAACCUAAAAUAUAUAAUAUCAGCCUUGUUUUGUGUUGGCACAGCAUUUUGGGAGUUGCAGUCCUAAGACUCUGCAGCAUUCAGUGGUUCCGGUCCCUGUAUGCUUCCAUCUAAUUAAUUCUGUCCGUUUACUUCCACGGAAAAACAUGAGCAUGUCACCUUCAUGUAGUAAUGUGAUCUGGUAUCCUCACAUUUAGCCGUCAUUAAUGUCUGCCGUACAUGCUAAGCUAUACGAAAUGCGAUUAGCUUAUCUGUCAGUCUGAGUAGUGUACUUCUGGUUAUACAUUGUAAUCGUCCAAGGAUUUUUCCCCCCAGAAACAAUAGCAGCCCAUGUUUGGUUCUAUUACAACAAGCAAUCUGUGUAUCUCGCCCCUGAUUCCUUAGGCAGAUGUCAUUUUCUUGGAUUACUUAGCCACAUCCGACAGAUACGUUGAGAUUAUUAAGAACCUGGAAAUUGCUAACCUAUCAUGUUCAGAAAUAACAGUGGGGUAGAUGUAUCAAAGUAUUCUGAAAAGUACCUUUUAUAGUUGGUCUCUAAUCUUUUUGUAUUUAUUAACUUUCUUCUCGAAGUGGUCUAAAUAAGUGUUUCUCGGCCUAAAUUCUGCCGUUUUGUUUUCAGUGAUAUUUAUUUCUGAAAAGGUUGGCAAAUUUUGCAUGGCACCAAAAAAGAAAAGUGAGGAAAAAUAUGCAAAAUCUAAGGUGUGGGCAAAAAAAUGGCAUACAUUAAAAACCAGUGGUUAGCAGGACCGGACUGGCCAUCGGGCAAACCAGGCAAAUGCCUGGUUCUAUAAAUUAUAAGUUGUUCAAGUCAGCAGGAGAUAUUUUAUGUUGGGUUAUGUCAUACAGAACAUUACACACAAGAGAGAAAAUACAAAAUGUGCUCCGUGUUUGCAUUUAAAAAAUUAUCUCGCACUUCAGUUUUAGGAGCAAUUCUCCAUCACAGUUACAAUUACAGCUUGGAUAUUUUAGACUCGGUUUUAUUCAGUUUGGAACAUGUUACAUUUCAGGGUUUGAUGAAUAACUAAGAGUCUAUUCACACAGAUCCGCAACCAAUUCUUUGCUGUUCUAUGUGCAGUUCCUGGUAUCGCAGCAGGCUCAUGUGGUUGAUGAGUGUAAAAGAAUUAAAGGGACACUAUAGUCACCAGAACAACUACAGCUUAUUGUAUUUGUUCAGGUGAGUAAAAUCAGUCCUCUGAGAUUUUUUGCUGUAAAUUCAGUUUUUUUUCAGAUAAAAGGCAGAGUUUCAAUUACAGCCUAUGGAUAACUCCACUGGCCACUCCUCAGAUGGCUACUAAAGGUGCUUCCUGGGGCAGUGCUGCACAGUGUGACAGACAUUCAGUGUCUCCAUCCUCUGCACGGAGACACUGAACUUCCCUCAUAGAGAUGCAUUGAUUCAAUGUAUCUCUAUGAGCAGAUGCUGAUUGGCCAGGGCUGUGUUGGACUUGUGUUGGUUCUGCUUUUGAUCUGCCUCCUUGACAGUCUCAGCCAAUCCUAUGGGAAAAGCAUAGUGUUUGGCAAAAAAUAAUAAUCACUUCUGAUGAUGCCAACCAAGCAGGCAGAAUCAGCAGCAGCAGACUUGACUAAAAGUAAGAUUAAUACUACAUUACUAUAUUUAGGGGGACAAGGGUGGGCGGUCAGGAGGGUUAGAUUGUGGUUUUAACACUAUAGGGUCAAGAAUGCAUGUUUGUGUUCCUGAUCUUAUAGUGUUCCUUUAUUCAAUUCAUCCAAUUCAUGCUUUUCAAUAUAAAUAAUACUGAACAGAUUACCUAUUUUCUGAAUAAUAAAUCUUGUUUGUUACAUUUCAGGGGUUGCCCAUGGUUUACUGAUAAAACAAUGAAGCUCUCAAUGAAAACCUUAGAAUCCUGUUAAGGUUUUUCAUUCUUUCUUCUCUUCCUUCUGGUGACUAACAUGAGAAAUGCUAAUGUGACUUCAGACAUGGGCAAUGUUUUUGUUGGCACUCAUGCUCUACAGCCAUAUACUUUUAACUGCACUUAUUGUGUCGGAUUGUCUGACUGAGACACAUAAUUUACACUUGGCAUUCUGAAUCCAUUACUAGCACACAGUGAAGACUAUUAGGGUAAAAGCUCAAUAAAUGCGUAAUAAUGACAAUAAAAAGGCACGUUCAACACUACAGCCUAAUUAUAACACUGUGUUCUUGAGUGUUUUCACCCAAACCGUGAGUUCCCCAGUGGCUUAGUCUCUGGCCCCUUUCUCACCGUAUUGUAAUGUCAAAUUCAUCCAGUUUAGAAACUUUUGAAUGAGCAAUAUGGCAAGCUGGGGCUGGGCCGCUGUUUCCUGUGAUACUCUGUAUCAAAGUAUUUUAAAACUUAGCCUGUUGACAGCAUAACCAUUAAUAAAGGGUUGUCGUGUUUAUGGUCUCUUUAAUGCACAAUCAUUAUUUGAAGAGAAGGAAAAAAAAAAACAGGAAUGUAAUACUUUCUUUUCCUAUUUCACUUUUUAAAUCAUCAAUGAUGCUUUUUACUUUCUAUAUAUUUUUUAUGACAUGGUUAGAUUUCCUUUUUUUUCCCUUUAUUGUUCUUGAGUGAGCUGUGUGUAUUCAGGAUUUCUCGAGGGCUGCACCAUUCCUGUGGAACUUACUUCCCUCCUGCGUUAGAAACUCACCCAGUCUCCACUCCUUCAAAAAAAAAUCAGUAAAAACCCACUUCUUCAUAAACGUGUAUCAAUUAAACUGUUAAUAGCUCCUAAAUGAUUCCUCUCUUGCAACUGUCACUAGUCUAACACUAUCCUUACCCACUGUAAAGCGCUGCGCAAUUUUGUGGUGCUAUAUAAGUAAUAACAUAAUAAUAACAUAAUUGUAGGUCAAGAACAAGGUAGACUGGUUCGGUCCCAUGGGAGAGAGGAGUAUCUGUUUAAUUGCUUGUAACAGACGGUACACAAAUGUAGUUCCUUUUCUUGGAGCUGAAAGCAGAGGAUGAGCAGGAGCGAAUGUUAUAGCCUUCUGUAAAAAGCACAAAAUCCAUGCUGUCUGUAUCUUACCUGCAGGGUUAAAUGUUACAAUAAAAUCACCUUUAAAAUUGGUGUUGAAAUAUUGGAAGCAGACACUGGCAGUCUUUACAACCUUGGGAUAGAGACUUUAUCUGCGUCCUCUGAAAGCAUCAGUAGUCAGGUUAUUGAUAUAUGUUGCGUCAUUCCUAAGUCUUUUGAGAGUAGCUGGUAAAAACUACCUUCAUUGUAAAUGACAGAUGCACCAGAAACAAAGGAACAGGGAGUGAAUGCAAGAGGGACUUGCUGGUCUACUUCUAAUCAUUUAGCAUUAUCAGUGUGAGUGUACAAAAAAAGUUUCAGCUCUGCUGUGGGUAUUGAUAAUUGGCAUUAUCUGAAAAUAGAAAAUGUCCGCUGUCACUAAAAUUUUCUCUCCAUGAAUACAUUAUAAAACUGUUAUUUCUAUUGAUUACUGCUAAUUCCAUCUUGAAAAUCACAGAAUAUCUGUGUAAAUGUAUGUAAACCAUGUACAGUGUAUAACUGUAUUUUAGAGUGUAUCUAUUUUUGGAAUUUCUAUCACAAAGUUCUAUAAUUGUAUUUGAGAAGCAAAAGAAAACACUCGUGCAGAGCCUGUGUGAUCUCGGCACCCAAUCAAAAUGAUUUGCGCCCUAGCUACCAGCUUCCCUCUGUGCAGGAUAGAAGAGAGGCUUUCUUUGAACUCUCAGAUUCUGUAUCCAAGGUUAGAUAGAGAUAUUUUAUUCUGUUAAAAAUAGUAAAAUGUCUGGACACAAUGGUACCUUAUUUUCCAGCUUUGGCAAGAUGAGGGCAUAUUUUGGUGACUAACGCAUGCAGUGCAGAGGAAGCAGCCAUCUCAGUAUCCAUCGUGUGGAGCCUCUUAAAGGACCACUAUAGUGCCCUGAGGGUGCACCCACCCUCAGGGACCCCCUCCCGCCCGGCUCUGGAAAAUGGAAAGGGGUUUAAACUUACCUUUUUCCAAUGCUGGGCGGGGAGCUCUCUGCCUCCUCUCCUCCUCCGAUCCUCCCCGCCAGCUGAAUGCGCACGCGCGGCAAGAGCUGCGCGCGCAUUCAGCCGGUCACAUAGGAAAGCAUUUACAAUGCUUUCCUAUGGACGCUGGCGUGCUCUCACUGUGAAAAUCACAGUGAGAAGCACGCAAGCGCCUCUAGUGGCUGUCAAUGAGACAGCCACUAGAGGAUUAGGGGGAAGGCUUAACCCAUUCAUAAACAUAGCAGUUUCUCUGAAACUGCUAUGUUUAUUAAAAAAUGGGUUAACCCUAGAAGGACCAGGCACCCAGACCACUUCAUUAAGCUGAAGUGGUCUGGGUGCCUAGAGUGGUCCUUUAAGCUCAGUAGCCCAUGUGAGUGCAUGCGUGUGAGUACAACACUGAUGGAGGAUAGUUAAGACAUUUCCCCACACCUGCCAAUAGUGACAAAUUGUCAAGUUUUGUCAGACGUAAGGAAACUACAUCAGACAAAGUUGUUCCUUUGUGUUGUAUCGUUUGUAUUGUGUUAUUGGGGGAGUGUAAGUAGAGCCACUUUAACUCUACUUGAUGCUCCUGGUUUCUAUAACUGAGGUAAAUGCAUGCAUGCACUUAUUAUACACAUCUUCCUCACAUGUGACGCCUAGGUACAUGGGCAUACAGCCUAUUGGUGCUGUCCAGUGUGCAAAAAUUAACCCUUGGCCUUAUGACAUUGGCAUCUGAGGAGCUGGGCUUUGUGUGCAAGGAAAACCGGUUUUAUUUUUGGUAAACCACACAAAAAAUUUCACCCCUCCCUCCCCCAAAAAGGAGAGAAUAUCACCCAAAGCCUCAAAACCCAUAACCAAUUCACUUACAUAUAGUAGUUAUGGUGCUUAUGGUCCUGAGAGUAAGGACUGCAGAGUCCGGAAUAUAUUGUGUUUCUACUUUGGCUCCACUUAUGAUGCAGUGCUAUCUGACUAGUAUCUAGUAAGUACCAAUAAAGCUUUGUAUCGCUCCAGAUCAUGGUGACUUCCUGUCUUUAUUCAUGGUGCUUGAAAUUCCGCUUAACAGUUAAACCUGUGUUGCUGUCAGUGCUUUAUUUCUUCCCUCAAGCUAACGAUUUACCGACUUACUCUGUUUGCAACAAACUUCCCUUCACUCUAUGUUUUGGUAACAGGUGCCAACAACCUCCCAGAAUGCCUGUGUAUCUAGCAAACCACAGAUCAUUUUACAUUUGUUACAUUUGUAUCGGAGGGCAGGCAUUACCUACAGGCAUAGGCAACUUUUGGCACUCCAGAUGUUUUGGACUAUAUCUCCCAUGAUGCUUUGCCAGCUUCAUGGGUGUAAGAGCACUAUGGGGGAUGUAGUCCACAACACGUGGAGUGCCGAAGGUUGCCUACCCUGUCCUACACCGUCUUGUUUUGGCACUUGCAGAAAAUGUUAAAAAACAAAAAAAAGUAACCCCAGAAACUCAUAACUUAACACACAACAUUUAUUAAGAUAGACAUAAUGCUCUCCUGAAUGGGAACCAAUAAAAGGAACCAGUAGUUCUGAAAAUAAAAUUGGCAACUGAAUUCAAGACAAGGGAGUAAAUAAUUAUGUAGAAUUUGUUGUGCAGAACGCAUCUCUACUUUGUUAUAGAGAGGUGUCCAUCCUUGGCCCCAUGACUGUGGCUAAUAGCCCCGCAGACGUGCCAACUUUGGCAGACCUGGUAUUGGGAGAUGGAGGAGGUGAGUGGCCCUGGAGGUGGGUUUGUCCUUACGCUAUGUUAGGCUGUUGGUCUUAAAUACGGCAUUAAAAGUUCAGAGCAAGUGAAAAUAUUUCAUGCACUUUCCUUUGUCCUCCCGAUACCCGCUGACAGAGACUGUCUUUUUGGUGAUUGCGAUGACUAAAUGAAAAUCAGAUGUCACAACACAGACGUGUAACUUGACAGGUUUGGACACGGUUAUUUAAAGGAUAAUUGCCACCUCAACACUAUUUUUAUAUGUCGAUUCUUUUAUCAGGUUUUGAAAGGCAGUGGAUUGCUUGUUAAAUGAGUGUAUAUAAAAAAAUAAAUAUAAGUCGAGACCCCUACUUUUACCCCCAAAAACUGGGAAAACUUAUUGACUUGAGUAUAAGACUAGGGUGGGAAAUGCAGCGGCUACUGGUAAAUUUCUAAAUAAAAUUAUAUCCCCCAAAAAUUAUAUUAAUUGAAUAUUUAUUUACAGUGUGUGUAUAUAAUGAAUGCAGUGUGUGUGUGUGAUGCAGUGUAUGUGAUGCAGAGCCCUUCCCCUGUGUUUCUAUUACCCCUCUAUUUGUCCCCCCUUCCACUCUUUUUGGCCCCCUCCUUUCCCCUUUCCCCUCCCCCUUCCCUUUCCCCUUUCCCCUCCUUUUCUGUGUGCCUGCGGACCUUGUUACAGGAGGACUGAGGGAGGGGGCGGAGCUAACUACCGUGCUCCCUCGCGGUUCCCAUAAUUCCCAGCAUGGGCACAUCAUAGGGUAGUGAUUACUCUAUGAUGUGUAGAUGCUGGGAAUUAUGGGAACCGCAAGGGAGCACGGUAGUUAGCGCCGCCCCCUCCCUCAGUCCUCCUGUGCUCACAGCUAUGCUGCUGUCAGUAUCAGUGAGUGUGCUGCUGGAUCGCUUAAGUGGCCGCCGGCACACUCACUGAUACUGACAGCAACAUAGCUGUCAUCACAGGAGAUGGGGCCGCCGGCUGCAAGGUGAGUAAUCACCUCAGAGUGUACCGCCGGACCGGUCACCCGGCGGCACCAACAUGCGGCCGAAAUAUUAUUAAAAUAUAGAGAGCAGGGCUCCCUCUCUAUCUCCAGCCCACCGGGAUACCGGGAAAUUUCCUAUCCGGCCCUGGUUAGUUGGUCUCAUAUCACUGCACUGUGCUGGGAAUGAAGCAGGGAAGACCAUAGAGACAAACUAAUGAUUUUAAAACACUGUCUGACCAAAGGUAUGUGUAUAUGGCUGCUGGAUUCGGUCAUAUUCUCGUUUUUUUGGCAUAUAUUUCAUUUCAAAACUUGAUCAUCAUAUUAAAAAAUAGUAUUGAGGUGACUGUUGUCCUUUAAGUUUGAAAUGCCACAUAUUCUGGGACAAAACACCUGACUUGCAUACAUUUUUCCAAAUCAGCUGUUUUGGCCUAACAUUUGAAAUUCAUUUUGAAUUAACUCUGUUUUCUAAAAAAAAAUUACACGUUAGAAUUCUGUCAGCCUGUGAAAUGUAGUCAGAAAGAAUUCAGAACAUUUCUCACAACAAGGAAAGUGUUUCAGUACCCUGCUGUGGCUUAGGCGAAACGGAAUUCUGUGUUACUGGUUUAGCAAAUAUCUCUGCCUGUAACAGUGAACUAUUUAGUGUAAGUGACUAAAAAUGAAACCGGUUUCCAUGUAUAAAUAAUCUUAUUGAUUUUGUUUAAUGGGAAGAACGAGAACGCUUUAAGCUACCUAUAAUCUCUGUACCUGUGUAGAAUGUGGGCGCCUCUGGUAACUGAUUUUGGCUUGGGACUUCUUAGAGAGACACAUUGUUUUAGAUCAUGGGUGCCAAAAAAAAAGAUCCCUAGAUGUUGUAGAACUACAACUCCCAUGAUGCUUUGUAUGACUUGAGAAUGAUGGGGGGCAUGUCUAAAAGGGACACUGACUUAAAAUGGAAAUAGAAUAUUUUUACAAGAAAAUAUCCUCUUUAUUCUUCCAUUGCAGAAAUAACAAUUUGAGCUCAUACUUUUAUAAUUAUGGGUGUCCAUAACAUUUAAUGUGUGGAAGGCCUUUAAAUACCAAAUUUAUUGCAAAUUGUUUGGUUUGGAAUCCCUAAUACGAACAUUAGAUGGGGGAUAUAGUGGGGUUAUGACAGUAAGACAUGAUUUGCUGAGGGCUGGAGGGGGGGGGUCUAACCAGCUUCCAUUGCGUAUAGACAUUCCUUGCCACACGGUUUGGACAUGAAUGCACUUGGAAGUAUAACUUAUUAUCAAUCAGUAUUAACAACUGAAGAGGGUGCAGGCUAUGGCCAGAAGAGUCUUGUUUUUUAUCUCAAACUUGUGGCUGUAAUGAUUUGGUGCCUAAAGUGUUCUCUUAAGGAUAUAAAUCUGAAAAAUCUAUGUUUCAUCUUAAAUUUGAUAUGUUGCUGUAUAACGGUUCUCCAUAAUAUUCUUAUUUCCUCCUGUCAGCAGUAUUGUAUUUUUAAAGCGGCUUUGUUUACAUUUAUUUGUGGCAGUAUAUGUGGUUUACACAUGGUUUAUAUGAUGCAAACCCUUGUAUUUAUUUUAAUAAUUUUCUUACUUUGAAAUAAUCUAACGAUGCUGCAAUGAGGAACGCGAUUGGCUGCAAGUCUCCAGAUGUAUUUUUAGCCCAGUAAAUGUGGUAAUUUAUAUGAAAUUGUUUGUAGCUGAGAUGCUUUGGCAGAUGCAACAGAACAUAGUCUGUUAGACUGCUGGAAGAAUAAUUGCUGGAAUCAGAAAUGCAUGACGAGAAAAUCCUGGUCGAGCAACGACAUAUUUCCUUGCAGCUGUAUUCGUUUAACCCAUUGAUUGCUCUGCAUACUCCCUUAGUAUCCAAGGGUUAAAUGCAGUGAUACAGAGUAUCUCCUAACUGUUUGGCCUGGGACACACAUUUUGCUGUGAUAUGUAGCAUAUAGGAAUGAAUUCUAGUGUUAUAACUCAUUAUAGUCUGUUUAUCCAUCUAAGAGGUUUAUUUGUCCAUAUGUAGUGAAUUGAAAUCCAAAUUGAAAUAUUUAAGUGCUGGAUUGGAAUAAUUUCUCCAACUAAAGUACAGUAUGUUUAGUUUAUUUGGAAUUUUUCAAUUCAGUGUUUGUCACUACAAUUUGGUGUUAAGAGAAUAAACCCCUUGAUAAUCUAAGUAUUCCGGCCCCUGCUAAGUAUUUAUACAAUAUGUAACUGUUUGUCGUUUGGGAUACAUUUACUGAUCAUGUUAAUAUGUUUAUCUGACUGUUCCUAAGAUCCCAAUACAUGCUGCAUAUUUGUAAAAGUGUCACUCACUAUCAAAUGCUACAAAUAUUUAAGUGUUGCGCUUGCUAAAUUGAUUGUACCCAUGGAUUCCAUUUGUUUCCUUGGUUUCCACAUUUCUUUUUCUGAUAAUGGCACUUUUAUAAAUCUCUCUACUUUGUGUUAUAUGUGAAUGCAGUUCAUUUGGGGGCGUUCAUUGAAAGCACUCUGAUCUGACUUUUUUCUGUUUUCUAUAAAUGGGGCAAUUGCCAUGGAAACGGCAUGUUUAUUGCAUUGGUGAUUGCUCCACUUACAACCUUCCACCUCUUUUCACAACACAUUUGAUAAAUCUUCCUAUUGUCUGUUGUCCUAAAGAACCGGAAGGGUGUGUGAUUUAAUGAAAGCUUGUAGAAUUUAAUACAUUAUAGUCCCUGCAAUACUGACCACUAUUAGAGAUUGCCUUUCAUUUGUAAUUGAUAGUUGUCUUCAGGUGCCUAAAGGUGUUGUAUAUGUGAAGUGUGUAGAAUAUUUUUGAAAAUACGCUGUUGAACACACAUGGCAUGGGGUAAUAAGAGAUUAUCUGUUUGCUCUGGUUGCUGUUCAUUUAACUUGCUGUGCUAACCCUCUAUACAGCGCAGCAGAAUACACUGGCUAUUCUUAAAUAAAAAAUAACAGUAUAGCCAGCAGUCAUUCUUCUUUUGCCCUUUUCUAUAAUUGUAUUCCGGAUACUUUAGCAGCUCAGCAAGUUUGGCCUUCACAUAAGAACAAAUAAAUCUAUUCCUGGUUGCAAGGCACUUCAUUGUAUAUCAAAGCCAAUGCAGCGGUUUCUGAUAAAUGAUGGCGGCUUUAUUGCUGAGAUUAGUCAUCAUUCUAGAUUGUGUAGCCACACUGAGCUGCUAAGUGCUGACGGAAGCUUUCUAUUCUACAAAUCUACUUGGUUUCGGUUAUUCCAAUGAACACUUAGCAAAGCAAAUGUCCAUCCAUAUCUUUCACUAUCAUAUCCAGUCUGUGCCAGUCACUGGUCUGUUCCAAAAUGCAGAAACCAUCCCUUAAAAUACACAUUGAGGAAUGUAUAUUUGAAUUUGAUUUAAGAGGAACAUGGCAUUUGAAUUUUAAUGUAUUACUAUUUUUUUAUCAAUACACUUUUUUUUAAUAUAAAAACCUGACUCUGUCCGUUGAUGCUUGCAUUAAAAUUCUAUAGAUCAACGUGUAAUCAGGUGUUCCUCCCAAUGAAUAACUACACGUUGGCUGGCACAGAGUGGCGGGCAGCCAGCCAGCAUCUUGUGGCUACCUCACCCUGUGUAAUAAUCUGAAAAGUAUGUCUUGUAUUCACUUAUUUCUUCUGUGCACAGAGCUUGGCAGUCAAUCAUCUUUGUUGUUUACUUUUGUAUCAUUUUAGAAUAUUGAAAAUGUAUAAAUGCUAGUGUUUUUAUAUUUUUUAAUUGAUAAUUGUAGGUCUAGCACUAGACAGAGAAGGAAUAGAAAGCAACUUGAAUCACCACCUUUUAAGUCUGACAAUCCCAAGAGUGUUCCCCAGAUAAUAUUACCUCAAUAAUUACUAGAUUUCAAGAACUUCCCGAGGUAUAGAUAUUGCUACCCAACUUAAUGAUGUUCAUUUCAUCAUUGGAAAGGACAAAAUACUUCACCUUCUAAAAUGUGGCUCAGAGAUACUGCAGAUAGUGUCCUAUCCACUCAAUUUUCUCAGCUUUUUAACAGAAAGGAAUUACGUUGUUAUGGUGCCUUCUGCCAGUUUCCCUUUAGGAAUUGAAGGGUCCAUGAACAAUUUAACCCCUAAUUCUUGCUCAGUUUAUCCCUGUCUCUCUAAUUCUCUCUGAUUCUUGAAACAAGCAGCGUUAGAUAGGAGUGCCUCUGAUUGGCUGAGCGUGUCAGCUGACACUCUAUACCAAGCAGUAGUACACCAUUGUUAAAAGCGGCUUGGUAAAAAAAAAAAUGUAUGUUUAUCAAGCCAUUUUUGUGAAGGGGUAUCUACUGAUUGACUUAGAGCAUUAGCUGACGCUCUAAGCCAGUUAGUGGCACCCCUGUCCCGAGGCUUCCUGUUUCAAAGGGACACUACAGUUACCAAGACCACUUCAUCUCAAUGAUGCGGUCUGACUGCAGUUCAGGGUUAAGACUGCCUCUAUUGGCUGUCUGCCAGACGGCCCCUAGAGGUGCUUUCUGGCCUUUCACGGAGCCUAGCUUUGUGAAGCAACAGUGGACAUUCGCAAGCUUUGCAUGAGGACAUCCAGUAUCUUGAAAAUUCCUAUAGUAAAGAAUUGAGUCAAUGUUUUACUAUGUGGAAAGCCUAAUGCAUGCUAGGCCCUCGCCGUACAUGCACCUUUGGUGCCCCCAUUGCUGAUGUCAGAGGUGGUAGAGCGUAAUCUAGUGCUGGGGGACCUCCGUUUUGGAAUCAGGAAAAUGUUGUUGUUUUUGUUGUUGUUUUUUUAACACUUUAUUUACCAAGGUAGGGGUGCGGAGAAGAGGGACACUAUAUAUAUUAGGAAUAGUUUUGUAUUCCUAACACUAUAUAGUGUUUCUUUAAAAAUCAGAGAAAAGCAGACAGGCAAGGGCAGAGCUAACAAACUAAAGGUAAGCCAGUGUCAGGAUGUUGUAGAAUUAUAGAAUUCUUGAAAUUAUCUAAGCUAAUGCUUUGGCAGGAAGAAAUGUGCUGAAUAAUAAAAUGUGUAUUUACUAAAAGAACCUUGAAACUAACAAUACUAACUACUCAAAAUGGCUGUCAAAGCACCCCUCCCAUCGAGUGAACACCUCGUGCUAACAAGAUGGCGCCUACAUCUUGUGUCCACUCCCGUGUCAAGGAUGACAUCACCUCUUGAUAGGAGGGCAUCUAACUAACCACUUAACACCUGGACCAAUCAAUAGUGUCUAUUUGCUGUUAUCUUGAAUUCUUCAGUGAUGUAAAAAUGCCUUUAAAAGGGUCUGCGCACCCAUUUUCUGUCAGAAGCCAUUAAACUUCUCCGAAGUUCUUUCAUUAACCUGAACUCUGUGUCUCAGUGUGAAUUUACUUCUGCGUGCACGCAACUUUAUUAUCUUUAAUUUGGACAGGAACAGAUAGUCAUUCAAACUAAUUGGUUUGCAUAAAAUAAUCUACUACAAGGACCUCCUGGCAGCAUAGUAACUUCAUACAGAUUAAGUUGUUAUGGUUCCCAGGGUGUUCCUUUAAUAUUAAAAUAUAGCAUUUAAUUGUCUUGUUUAAAACAAAAUACAAAAAAAUCUAACUGCCACAAUAGCAGAUCUGUAAAGAUCUAUAUAAUGGCUCGACCAUAAAAAACCCAGAGCUUGUCUGCACAGGAAAAUAAUUACUGGAUUAAUUGUGUCUAUUUUAGGGAAUAAAUGAUUGCCUACUGUAUAACAUGAAAAGGAAAAUGCUAAAAGCUGCAAAAUAUCCUCAAAUAUCAGUAGCAGAUAAAAAAAAAAAAAAUACAUUUAUAUUUAUUUGGGAAUGUACCUGCUGGAUAUAUAAUUUAUAUUUUGUUGUUUCUUUCAUCGGUUAAUAUUUUAUCAUGAGUAGAGACGGAUCUAUUACACAUAUUGUUCAUAAUUAGCAUGAAGAAAGUGUAGAAUUUGUUACUCCUAAUUAAUGUGCAGAGAAUAUAAUUUGUGUAUUGAUUUGACACCCGGACCCCUGUUACUGUGUAGUGCAUCUGUGGGCUAUUUUAAACUGCAUUGCCUAUAUACAUCUUCAGAAACUGCUUCCACCGUUUCCAGUGUAAUCCGCAUACAGCUAGUAUUCUAAGGCUGCCAGUGGAGAUGACAUUAACGUGCAUGGAUGCCCUGCAAUGAGUACUCAGCGUGUGUUCAUAUUUUACUGCGUUCUUCCCUUUCUAAUUCCUGAGUGCUGUUCAGGAUUUUUAUUUUCUAUUCUUCAAAAAGGAAUGUCAUCAAAUUUGCAUAAUUUAAUAAAAAUAUUAAAGGGUUACUCCAGCCCGUUUAUAUAUACAUUUAUCCAAAGCAGGGAGGUGACCAGCACUCACGGACUUUUGAAAUUAAAAAUGUGUUCUUUAUUGACUUCAAGCACCCGGCCAUUGCUACGUAAGCAUGAGUGCAAGGAAUCUUUGAAAUCUACAUACACACAGGGAUCUAUUUGCCGCGAGCCAAACAAGGCAUUUGCCUUGGGCGGCAAUUUCCAGAGGGCGGCAAAAAAAUGCCGCCCCCAAAUGCCCAGGCAAAUACCUUGUUUGCUUCGUUUUAUGGGAGCCUAGGGCAGCACAAAACCAAAAUACACCACUGCAUAUACAUAUAGAUAUUUAGCCAUCUAUAGAUCUAUAGAUUUUUGUUUGUUCUUAAUGUAAAGAAAAGCAAUAUAAAUGAUACAUGACAUUUUACAAGUACAGGUGUUGCAGGUAUCACAAUUUGACCUUGGUACAGACAACCAGCACACAAUAAUAUUGAUGCAUACUUUUAACAGUCCAAUUCUAACAACGUAUACAUCAUAAACUUUACUUGUUCAGCCAUUCGUGACCUAUUAGAAUAGCCAGUUACUCUCUGACUACCCUGCAAACUGGUGGGGUGGGAAGGCUUUGGAAAGUGUUGACAGGGGCUGUGAGUGAGUAUGAAUUGUUCCUCUGGUAGUAGGUGACCCAGGGACUCCAAAUUUUGAAGAAUUUAUUGGUGAUAUCCAUUAGGCAGUGGGCCAUUUCUUCAUCAUUUCUUGUCGUUUGAAGGGGCUGGAGUAAGCCUUUGCUAUAAGAAUUCUAGUUGCUAUCAAGAUGUGGAGCAUUAACAUUUUAUGGGCUCCCAUAACAUUGUCUGGUAGGUUAUAUCUAGGAGGAAACAUUGCGGUGAGCGAGGCAGUUGUACUCGUGCGGCAUCUCUAAUUAUAUCAGUUACAUUUACCUGAUAAGAGGAUAUCUGGUUGCAAUCACAGAAUGUAUGAAGUAUUGGUGUUCUGUAGACAUGUCCAGCAGUAUGUGCGAUACGUGCUGGAACUAAAUACCAUCAGUAUAGCAGCUUUUUACUUGCCUACCAGUGGGUUAUACAUUUUGGGAUGCUCUUCAUUUAGAGUGCUGAUUAAGACCACUCUUUAUUUGUUGAUGGAGUUUCCGUUUUCACUGUAUGGCACACAUAAGUUUGCCUGACAUUAAUUGUUUUAAGAUUGUGUGGUAGCAUGUGGAUAGAUGUUAACAACAUAUAUGAGAGCAGCAACAGAAUUUAUAAAUGGGCGUAGAUAUCUGAGAUGGAUGGGGUGUCAUUGUUUUGGAUGUUUGUAGGAUAUGUUUGACUCUAAAGUCAGUGAAGAGGGAGUUAGAUUGGAGUGAGCAGUUCUUCGAAAGGGAGUACCACCACCCUUGGAGUCAGAAGUUGAUGGAUGCGUGCUAGUCUCCUUGUUGUCCUUGGGUGUGAGGCAAAAAUUUAGGCAACCAGAGCAUCCAAGACUGUGUGUGGUGGGUUAGUACCAGAGCUUCCUGGAGAGUAGGGCAUUUGUUGUUUAAAAUCCAUAAAAGUUGGCUAAGAUCGUAACGUGCAACAUAGGUAUUUUCAGGUUGUGCCAACAGAGGUUGUUCCUUUGGGCUGAAGAAGGCUUCUAUGUGGGAUAGAAUGGAGGAGUAGUAAUAUCGAAUAUCUGGCAUACCCGCUUUAAAAUUUAUUUGCAACAGUAUACAAAUGGAGUAGUGUAUACUCAGAUGUUGCUGAGUAUCGUUAAGAUAAUUUUAUCACAGUGGGACACAAGAUAAUUUCAUAUAUAAGCAGAAUAAAUACAAUGUAAAAAAUUUGAAAAUGAAACAAUAAAAAUGAAUGCCACAAACUUUGGAGCACAAAAUGGUGAGAAAAUAUCACAUCAAAAAAGCUCAAACUAUAUCAUGUAUUAGUCUCCAUUUUGUCUACUUUUGCAAAUGAUUACUAAAUGCAUUACUACUAAAAAUCAUAAAACCCAUUUUCAAUUUGAGAUUAAAAAAAAAAGCCUACAGUGGAGAGGUUAGAAAUUCAGCUCUGUAUUUUCACAAAAAAACUUGACGAGUAUACGAAGGAGGGCAUUUUGUACUCAGGAGAUAUAGUUAGGCACAAUUGAGUGUUUUUUUUUUUUUUAAUACAGUAGCACAUAUCCAGUUUACAAAAUAAACUGCUAAAUUGCAAUGUGCAUACAAAAAAAUGUGAAAAUAUAAUACUAUAAACUUUGAAAUAAAUUUGUUCUAAUAUGGCUGUAUGGUAAGGCUCAAAAUAUACCAUAUGAUACACCCUGUGAUGUCUACUUUUACAAAUGGUAUGCAUUUAUAGAAUAAUUUUUCCUGUCAAACUGCUGCCAUGACCCAAAAUAUGGAAUAGACCUAUCAAAAUUCUAAUUGUAAAAAGAGAAAAAGUCUGGUGUCUUACAUGGCACUGUAACUUCGCAAGAUGGUGCCAAAGGCUUACAUUGAAGGUAUUGCUUUAUUCAGAAGAUUUUGAUGAGCAUAAUUUGGGGGUUUGAUCAUAGUGGCGCAUGUCAAAUUUGAAAAAUACUGGUUAAUAUAUGUGUAUGUAAAAAAUGCAAGAAAUAUUUGCACAAACUUUGACAUUAACCAGUGAUAAAAAAAGGAAGCACGUUAAGGCACAAUGUAUACCAUAUGAGAUACCCUGGAGUGUUUACUUUUACAAAUGUGGGGUAAUUUGUGGGGUAAUUUGAACAGUAAAACUGCUAUAAUGCCACAAAAUGAGCAAUAAGGCCAUUAAUCAGGCUCUCAAAUUCUAACAAUAAUGGGUUAACCCCUUAAGGACACAUGACAUGUGUGACAUGUCAUGAUUCCCUUUUAUUCCAGAAGUUUGGUCCUUAAGGGGUUAAAGAUCUUAACCUUUCAAAAUUCUAAACAAAAACAUUGUCUAAUAUGCUGUCAGUGUUUAGAUUGUAGUUAAAAAUGAAUAGUUAAAUUCUGCUUUAUUCUUUUUGUAAAAUUAAAUGGAUGUCUCUUAAUAUGAACAUAACAAUGCAACAUAUUUCAUUGUGAUCCUUCCAUUGUCCUAUUAUCAUGGUUCAUUUACUACAUAAGUGACGCUUCGGAUGGAGACAUUUGAGAUUUCACACAGUCGGGUUAAUUUGAUUUAGAAUAGUCAGUGUGUGUGAAACAUUCUGAUUUCAGUAAUUUGAGAAAAGCUCGAUGAAUUGUUAAUAUGAAAUUGCGUGGAAAAACACAUUUAUGAAUCUUGAAAAAUUGUUCCUUGUGUUCCUGUUCUUCUAUUAACAACAACUGCCAGAAUGGCUUAAAAUAAAGAAUUGGAUUAUGAAUGUCUAAUACAUGUAGUUCAUUCUAUAAAUAUAGUUUGUGAUAUGCGUCUGAGGUCUGUCUUUUCUUGACUCUUCCUUGAGCUAUGUAAAUAAUGCACAGCAAUAUAUCUCACAAUUUACUGAGAUAUAUUUCAUAUUCAGGGAAAUUACCACCACAUGACCAAAGCCAUGUUGAUAUGCACAGUCCAUGGCUGGUGAUUGGUCCAUUUGGAUCGUAACAAAGUGCUGUUGCCUUUGGAAACGAUUAGAGCAAUAUUGUGUAACAUGUUUUAUUUAUAUAUUCAGUCCUUUCUUUUAAAUAUGCCUUGGGAAUAUUUAGAUUAUGCAUACCUAAACUGGUAGACAGACAGACGGACAGAUUGAUGUAAUGUUUCUGUAAUUGGGGAAAAAGUAAUUGAGGGGCUCUGAAGAGAUCAUAAACCAUAAAACUGAGUAUAAAAAGUUAUUACCUUAAAGCAGGCUUCCCCAAACUCCGGCCCUUCAGAUGUUGCUGAACUACAACUCCCAUAAUUCUAUGAAUGAAAUAGGCUGAGAAUCAUGGGAGUUAUAGUCAAGCAACAUCCGGAGGGCCGGAGUUUGGGGAACCCUGCCUUAGAGGCAUUGUUCAUUUGUCAGAGCAGUAGCAUAAGUCUAGUGAAUGGUUAUAUUUAUAUCUAAUGUGACCACAUUGAUUUAGUCAUUUUGAACCUAGAGAACCUAGAGAACUCCUCUGGUAAUAUAUAUUUUACAUAGUACUCUGCCUGUUUGGUUGCAAUUAAUACUGCGCUCAUCCAUCAUAAACUAAUGUGAUGUUGAAAAAAAUGUGAGACGCCAAACAUGUCCAGUGUUCUCUUGGCCUUUUCAAGUGUUUUAUGCUUUUCUUCCCCCUUUCCUACAGGUGCGUGGAUCUCUUUUUUUUAGUUUUAUUUGGUGUUCAUGUGCUGUAAUUUGGUCUAUUAAUUGCAGCCAUGUUGAAUUUUUCAUAAUUAACGAGUAUUAGCAAAGGAUUGUUUCCAAAAUAAUUUUCCUGAAAUACCGUGCCGUUUGUUUUUUCUUUUUUUGUGCAUUGCUUCUACAUUUCAUCAUAAACUAAUGCCUUCAAUGCUCCAACCUAUCAUUCUUGGCAAAAUAUAUCAAGUCACAGAGAUGUAGUGAGGAUGUGAGGAACUACCUUUUUCCCAUUCCUGAAUGAUAGUAAAGCGAUACAUUUUUGAUGACACAUUUGUAAUAGUUCAUACAAAAGAGAGAUUAGAAUGUAAUUUGUUGCUGCACUAGUGUACAAUUUAUGUGCAGUCUUAAAUGGACUCUCAUGACCCAUAAAGAUGCUUUGUGUGGUAAGAGUGUGCUAUUUUUUUAUUUUAAUUUUACAAAAACUGCAGAUUUCAAUAGAAAUUGAAACUUUUAUAAAUUAACCUUGUUACACCUCCCUGGCUGUCAAUCAGACAACUGAAUCUGUUCUCAGUGGAGCACCUGCCUUGCAAAGAUUUCUCACUGAACCGCAUUAGAAAGUCUGUGAUUGGACAGUCACAGAAAGUCUAGGCGGGGUUAGAAGGGGAGGGUUUGCAAAGAGAUCAUAGAGACCUAAACCAAAUGAAGAAUGCAUAGUUAAAUUUGGUGCCUACUUAAUUGUAAUAUUUACUAUUACUUUUUUUUAUUUGGACAGUGGAGUGUCCAUUUUAAUCCUAGUUUAUUGAUCAGGGAAUCUGUCCAUCCUUCAUAAUAUCGAUUGAAUACAUUUGUUAUAUCCAUGGACUCUUCCUGUGUUUGAGUGUCCUGUCCUCUUCUACAAUUAUGGGUUGAUGUAUGCCAUACUUUGAUGGCUUACUAUUUGAUGCUAUUUUUAACCAGCAUAAAAAAAAAAUCUCCAUUAACUCUCUCUAGCUUCCCGAUAUCCUAAGACCCAGCCUUUUGCAGUCAAGAAGUCUCAGGCGGAGGCUGCUAAUGAAGACAGUGGUAUGGCAAUGUGUGUGUUGGAGUGUGGCACCUCUGUGGCUAUCAGCUGGUAUAUUUAUUCUAUGACAGCUCUGUGCUUUUUGUUUGGCAUGCGGUAUACCCAGUGUGCAUGAUUUUACGAACUUAUGACUGGGAUCCAGUUUAAAGCUUAUUGCAUUCACAAUUUAGACUGCAGUUGUUGGGCUAACACUGUCUCCAUAAAUAGGCUGGUUAAGGUACAUACAGUCUUGCUAUUAUAAGCUGCAGUCCUACUGAUAUAUUUUUUUUUUUGGCUAAUGCCAAAUGCAUGAUUUCAGCAAAAAGAAAACAUAAUCUGAUAUAAUGCAUAGAAAUACAAAGGCUUUCUAAGCAGUUCUGUAAUGUUCUAAGUAAUACGCACAUCUGAGCCUAGGUGAAAUGAUGUAAAUGCUUUUAUGGUCUAACUGUAACAAUUCAUCAUUGGUAAGGAAUAUCUUUUUUUUCUUCUUCAAAUUUAUAUUUAUUCUUUGGCGUGCAUAGCUGCCUGCUAAUCAAUCGGGCCGUCCACACUGAGGACAGACCAUACAGAGGGUCCUGUGUUAGUGCUCACAGCAGGCUCCUAGUGUCCUGAGUGGACCUUAGGGAACAAAGUUGGGAUGAUGGGACAGGACCCGAAAAUCAGGACUGUCCAUCUGAGAACUGGGAGGCCUGUGCACCCUAUAAAUAACACCUAUAAAUCCAUCACACCACCUGUUUGUGUAAUAGUAAAGAGACACUGUAGGCACCCAGACCACUUCAGCUCAUUGAAGUGGUCUGGGUGCAAUGUCCCAUGUAACUUAACCCAACAGAAACUGCAAUAAUUACCUUGCGGGGUUAAGUCCUCCUCUAGUGGCUGUCUGCAAGACAGCCACUAGAGGGACUUCCGGGUGCUUAGACGACUUUUGGUCGUCUAAAUGACGCUGGACGUCCUCGCGCUCUGCAUGAAGACUUCCAGUGUCAUUGGAAUCCCUAUAGGAAAUCAUUGAAUAAUGCUUUCCUAUGAGGAAAUCCUAAUGCGAGUGCCAUCGGUGGGGGAGGAGUUGGGGCGGAGCCUGACCCAGCACGAGGGAUAUAGGCGCCGGAUUUAGGUUUGUGACCGAAGGGGUGUUAACCCCUUAAGCCGAAUGGGAGCAGGGGCUCAAGGGAGGGAGGCACUGUAGGGACCUAUAUAGUGCCAGGAAAACGGAUUUGUUUUCCUGGCACUAGAGUAUCCCUUUACGUGUGUGGGCAGGAUCUGACUAUCAGUCUGCAAAGUUUAUUGUGCGCAGUCUUUUUUUUCUAAUCAGAACAAGCAUAUCUGGAACUUGUAGUCCUGUUACCUGCUGUGUGCUUAUGAUGUUAGUAGAACUGUGAUAUUGGACCCUACAAGUGUGGAGGGAAGAAAGAAGGGACAUAAUGGGAGAUGGAUGAAGAUACAAUAACCGACAUGAAGGAAAUAUUUUCCAGGGGAGGAAGUGGAAUAGAGGAGGUAGGAUUAAGUGGCAGAAUGUUAAAAAUUUUAAUUAAAAAAAUAUAUAUUUACAAAUUCAGCUUUCUUAUAGUCGUUUUGGUGCUUGGACGAUCCCUUAGCGUAAAGCCAGCUGCUGAUACUAAGAUACUAAGCUUAGCCUGCAGUGUUUUCUAUCAUUCUGAGAUACUGCCAUUGUAGGGUCUAGGAAAGCUGUUCAGUGAAGAAGAGAGAAAAGAUGAUAUUAAAGGGGCAGUAAGUACAUUUUGUUCUGCCUAUAGAUGUGAAAAGUCUCUUCUCUUAUUAUUAUUCGGAUAAUUCUUCAUCCAUAUCAGAGGUGGACAGAAAGGCAAGUCCCUAGCUGUUGCCGGUUUAAAAUUCCCAUGGUGCUUUGCCAGGCUUAAUGCUGCCAUAAACAGCUGGGGGUCUGCCAUUUUGGAAUGCUGUGAUUGAUACAGUAUAAGCGUAGUGUGUAACACUUUGUACAGUGUGUAUCCUGGGGAUCAGAGAGUUAAUGAAGACUGUUCCCGCAAUUCUAAUUACCGCUGAAUUUCCUCCAGUCACCCAGCAUUAGAGACAUUAAAACAACUGUACAUCAAGCCAGGGCGGCUCCAAUAUUGGGCUGGAUGGCUUUCAAGUACAUUAGACAUUGUCUGUUGAGCGAUAACAGAGGGAUCUCUGCAGAGCUCUUACUAAUACAAAGGAUCCUCUUUAUGCACCUAUGGGGAUUUCAUAGGCCUGAACGGUUUCAUCUUCUAUUACACUAUUUUUUUAUUUUUUUAUUUUUUUUUUAUCAUUCAAAAUAAUAUCUGCUCCAGUACCAUUCAGUUGAUGUGCACUCUCCACAUUACCCUAAAUUGAGUGCAUUGCCUUGUAAUAGAGAAGUUCACAGAGAGUUUAAAUUGCUAACUUGCUCUGUUUCUGUAUAAUAUCAAUAUAUAUUUAACAGACUCUCUCGUACUAUCUGCUUCUGCCGGCCUGGCAAACAUAACUAUGCAUUGUCUUCACUUCGUGAUGCAAAAUAUUUCAAAUAACUGAAAAUAUUUUAAGAUAACUGAACAAUUACAGCAAUUCACACCAUUAAUGAAACAAUCAUUAGGGGGAAGGAAUUACUUAUAUUCAAUGCUCAUUUGUUGGUGCCCCACAUGUAUCCCACUGCCACCCCAGAAAAUGACUGGAUGUAAUUAAUAUUAAAACUUAAGCUAUUUUGCCAUUUUGAAUAACAUUGAAAAAGGUUUUGUUUUUUUUAAAGUAUGUGCCAAAUAUUUUAACAUUUCCUGAAUUUCACCCCGCCUUUAUAGUUUCUUGAAGUUUAUCAGCAUUGCAAAAAUAUUUUGGCAUUUGUUCUGUUAAAGUAAUUUACUUAGUGUUGGAAGACAAUUAGUUUAUUGGAUAUUUUGUUUGCUAUAAAAUAAGAGGAAUGAGGAUAUUCUGAAUUAUAGUGUCAAUCUUCCUAAAAGAAUAUCGAGAAGUAUUACUUGAUAGAGAGUGUAGUGGAUGCACGGAAUAUCCUUCCAGCUGAAGUGGUGGAGGUGAAAGGGACAUUGUAGGCACCCAGACUACUUCAGCUCAUUGAAGUGGUCUGGCUACUGUGUCCCUUUUGCACCUAGUGCUACAUUGUUUGCAUUGCAGCUCUAAGUCUGCCCUCUGUGGCUGUCUAUCAGAACCAAUUCUGUAAUCGUAAUGGACUUUUGGUCCGUUAUUUGAUGCUGGAUGUCCUCACGCUUUGCAUGAGGACCUCAAGCAUUGAUUCAAUGCUUUCCUUUGGGGAGGUCUAAUGCUUGCGCGGCAUUUGUUGCGCAUGCGCAUUAGACCCUGGUCGCCGCAGGACAGAGGAGGGGGCGGAGCGUCGACCCAGCGCCAAGGAACAUCGGCACUGGGAUAAGGUAAGUAAAUAAAAUAUUUUUAACCCUUUAUUUACUGGGUAGGAGGGGGCUUGAAGGAGGAGGGAGGCAGAGGGAUCGGUUGUGCCAGCUUUGUAUUCCUGGCACUACAGUAUCCCUUUAACACAGUGAAGGAGUUUAAGCAUGCGUGUAAUAUUAGGCUAUCCUAGAUCUAAGAUAAGGCCAAGUACUAAUGAAAGUAUUUAGAAAAUUGGGCAGACUAGAUGGGCCGAAUGGUUCUUAUCUGCCGUCACAUUCUUUGUUUCAAUCUGUGCAGGGGAUAGUGCAAGGGUAGGCAGCCUUUUAGUAGUACUGUACCAAAUAUGAUCUUAAAGUCCCUUGGCAUGCUGGUCCUAUUUUUAUAAACUGAGGUGUGUAUGCUGUCGCAUUCUGCUUGUGUUAUGUACAGGUACUGCUGUUGCUUUGUAACAUUGUAUUUAAGUGAAUGUGGGCUGUUAUAUUGUAUAUGUUCAUGAGUAGUUUGUGGUAUUAUGUAUUAUAUCUAUUAAUGUGGGCUGAAUAUGGGGGCGGCUUGUAGAAUUGUGAAUGUGAAUGAUAUGUCAGAUUGUGUAUGGAUGGGGCUGCUUGUGGUAUUGCAUGUGAGCGACUGCUUGUGGGGUUGUGUGCGUGUAUGUGGAUUACUGUUCACAAGUGCUGGGAGCAAGUGCUGCUCUGCAUAAAAGGAGUAUUGCCCCUCACCACUUGCAAUCUCAGCACAGUUUGCACUAGUAGAUAUCUGAAAUGCCACUGAGACUCCUGAUGGAUCUGCUUGUCUCUGGCAUCCUUGAGUGCCGUGCUAGUGGAUUGUGAGUGAAACUGAAUAUAUAAUAUAUAUGCUGUUUGCCAUUGUUUUAUUCUGAAAUAAGAAAUGAGAACAGCACUAACCAACCAACCACACAAGGGUGCAAAAAAUCUAGUUCACCGUCCAAACCAGUAUAUAUCCAGGAAAGUAUAUAAUUUAAUACUUUCCUGAUCGUGCUAUUCUGGUCUUGUUCUUAUACAAUACCAUUAGUUAUUCCCAGAUGAUAUUUUAAUAACGUGUAUUGUUUUCUUAAUAUUGAUAGUUAAAGAUAAAUGCAUUUUCUGUAAAUGCAGACAAACAUAAUUGCGUUGUUCUUCAUCCUCAGAUAAUUAUUUUUCUAUUUUAUAUUUUUAAAAGGAACACUGCAUUGAACGUUUUAGUUUUGUUCAAAUAAUUUACUAGAUUUAGUAAUUUAAUAUUCCCCCCCAAAAAUACUUGCAUGUAUUUUUACUUAAUGUUUUUAUUGGAGAUAUUUGAAUGAAACCGCUUGCAAAAGCUGCACACCUGCUGUCUCUAGCCUCUGCAAAUCCUUCCCUCUGUAAAACUCUGUGCCAUGGAAUUUGCUAGACAUAGGCCUCCGUGCUAGAGUCAUGCGAACAUACGCAGCUUUCAAAUGUUGUAGUACAGCUCAUUGAGGUGGGGUGGGGGGUCUGGAUGGGAAAUGCACUAGCUCUGUAGAGCCAAUGGAAGCGGAAUAGCAAACCUUACUGGCUGUCUGAGUGACAAAGCAGGGACUAUUGGUCUUUUGGAAAAGCCUGAGGUUGAAAAGAUGGAGCUCUGCCAUAAAAAGUGACAGCUGUAGGAUUCAGGCAUUGACCUAUGGAGGCUCAAGUGAUCUCUCGUGCAUGUACAGCAUUAACCUCAUGGCUACUUGCACAGUAAACACUAGCUGAGGAAGGCCAUCAGGAUGAAGAUGGUGGCGGUCACGAUGGUUAGCUUCUGACACAUAAACCUAUCUUCCCCUGCACCUCACGGGACCCACUGGAACCUAACCGGAUCUGUCCCUUUUGGGUGGUCUUUGCGAAAGUGACAAAUCAACAUUAAUUACAAACCUCAAUGUCGGGGAUUGCCAACAUGUGCCUGUACAGGCACAGCUCUCUGUGGAAUCUGGACGAUAAAGUUUAAACAAUGUGGCAAUGAAUCCAUUCUAUAGUCUCAUGCUGCGUACAUGUUGCAGUGCUUUUGAUAACUUAGAUUCUGAUUGAGGCAUUGCCGGAUCCGGGGGGGCAAUGGGGCAAUUGCCCCCCCGAGAGUCCCCCCUGCCGGCUAAUGCAGGGCUGGCAUUGCCCAAGUGCCAGACGGUCCGCAGGCAAUGUGCUGGCAGCAGGUCCGACGGGGGGAGGGAGAGGGAGGAGAGGACCCGGGAGCUCAGUCUGCAGCUCCUCCGGAUCCUCCUCUCGCGAGAUUUGGAGCGUUGCCGCGGUUACCAUGGCAACGCUCCACAUCUCACGAGAGUGAACUCUAGCCCUGGAGCGCGGACUAGACUUCACUCUCCCCACUGGGACCACCAGGAAUUCCCACUGGAACCACCAGGGAAAUGUCCCCCCUCCUCCUCAAUAAAGGUAAGAAGGGAGGGGGGACAUAAAUAUAUUUAUUUUAUUUAAUACAUUUUUUUUAUUUAUUUAUUAAAAAGCCUCCCUCCCCCCCCCCCAUACACACACUGCUCCACAAACAUUGUCCCCAUACACACACUGUCCCCAUACACACACUGUCCCCAUACACACACUGCCCCACAAACACUGUCCCCCAUACACACACUGUCCCCCAUACACACACUGUCCCCCAUACACACACUGUCCCACAAAUGCUGUCCCCAUACACACUGCACACCCAUAUACACACUGCACACCCAUACACACACACAGACACAUACAGUGCCCUACACACACUGCUGCCCCACACAGACAUACAGUGCCCCCCAUACACAUACUGCCACCUUCACACACACACACUGCAACCCUGACAUACAGUGCCGCCCUUACGCACUCACACACACACUUCACCGCUCACAUACACACUGCACCUUUCACACACACUUCACCCCUAACACACACCACUUCUCCUAUGCCCUGUAUUCCAGCAGACCCCAGGUAAGUUGUCAAACUGUUCUUAAACGGUAUGACUACUUACUCUGUGGUGGGUUCCUGGCACUACAGGUACCAUAACUACUACACUGAGCUGUAGUGGUUAUUGUGCCAGGAUUAUUUAUUUAAAUAAUCUACAAGUGCCCCUCCCGAGAUCAGGCUCUGGAUCCGCCACUGGAUUGAGGCUGCAUUUGUUUGAUCCGCAUAGAAGGGAGUGUUCCCCAACCAGGAAAUUGCAGUCAUUUGAAAGCAGCUAAUUUUGAAACAUGUCCCAGCUCCGCUAUAGUCACAGCAUGGCUGUAGUAUUCAGUAUUUAGUUUCAGCUCACUACAAUUAACUGUUUAGUGAAAGUUACCUCGCAUUUCAUUCCUGUAAAAAGGCAGAAUCUUUUGUAUAAACUUUAAAUGCUGUCUAUAAUUAUAUGGCAAGUCUGCACCCGAAGCUCUGUGCGCUCUGCCACAAUUAACUUGGCUUUUGUGAUUAAGUUAGAGGCCGUGCUGAAUGAAUGUGCCCUAAUUUGUCCUAUUUUAUUUCUCUUUCUAAUAGAGAAGCUCGAAGUCGAUCCACCGACAACAGAACAACUAAGACACGGUGAGUGACUGCGCCCUAUUUCAUAUUCCACCCAGAUAUUUCAGCAUCUAAAUGCAAAUGUAGUUCAAGACACAAGUCGUAUGUUUUUAUUACCUGGUUUUAUCCUGGCAGUGAAUGAAAUCCCAAUGGUGAAUCUAAAAUUAACCCCUUAAGGACACAGCUUCAGAAGCUUGUCUGGCGCUUAAUGACACAAGCAAUUUUUGCAUUUUCUUGCUGUAUGCGUUAAACUGCAAUUUGCAUCUCUCUCGUUUAUUGCACCGACUCAUAUUAAAUACAGUUUUUUAAAGGACAGAAAGGGCUUUAAUUUGAUGUAACAUAUAUAUAUAUAUAUAUAUUUAUAUAUAUAUAAAUAUUUAUUUAUUAUUUAAAAAAUACAGAAAAAAGAAAGAAAAAAGAAAAAAAUUUUUUUUUAACAGUUUUUGCAAUAAUAAUGUGUGCCUAAUUAGUGCAGGUUAAAGAAAGUAAUUAAAAAUAAAUUCACUUAGUUGUUCUGAUUUACAGAAUAUAUAAUGUGUCUGGGAUUUUAAGAUUGUUUUGGUAGUUACAGGUCACAAAGCACAAGGAGUAAAAUAAACUUUUAAUAUGGAGCGAUUUUAGAAUUUGGUAUGUUUGUCUUGUAAGCUUAAUAGCCAUAAAAGAAAACAAAAUUGCCACACAAAAGUAUAUAUUUAUAUAAAGUAGACAUCACAGGCUAUUGUCCUAAGGUUGUUUUGACACUUUCUACGUAGCCAUUUCACCGCCAAUCUCUGCUAAAUAUUGGAGUAAAAUUUAGUUUUUGGGGGUUUUUGGCACACAAACUUAUAACAAAGAACUUCUCAUGUGUAAAGCUGGUGUGUGCUAUUCCUGUACAAAGUUUUAUUUUGUGUUCUUCUGCUGAGUACAACGAUACCCCCAUUGUAUGUCUUUGGCACUAUUUUGUGAAGCUACAGUGCCAUAUAGCAGACCUGUCCGUUUCAACAUUUACAGUAGAAUUUUGAGAGGCGGAUGUAAUGGGCCUAUGCUUCAAUUUGGGGUUUUAUAGCAAUUUGACUGUUCAACAAAACCCCACAAAGGCCUACCAUUUGUAAAAGUAGACACUCCAGGGUAUCUCAUAUGGUGCAUAUUGUGCCUUAACAUGCCCCCAUUAUUUCACCAAUAUAUGCCAAAGUAUGUGGUAAAAAAUAAUUUGGGGCAUUUUUUACAUACGGUUAAAUUUUUGCUAGGCAUUUUGUACAUUUCAUAUGUGCCACUAAGUUCAAACGCCCCAAUUAUGCUCAGCUAAGUCUUCUGAGUAAAACAAUAUGCCCAAUGUAUGACCUAGACACUAUUUUGUGAGGUUACACUGCUGUAAAAGAGACGAGACAAGUUAAGGUUUUUAAGUGUGAAUUUUCAUGGAGGGUUUUGAUGCGUCCAUGUCCCACUUUGGAGCACUUGAGCUGCCUACAUAUUACCAUUACACCGUAAAGGCAUACCAUUUCUUAAAGAACACAUCCCAGGGUAUUUCAAAAGGCAUAUUUUGAACCUUAGUAUGGGAUAAUUUUUCCGCUAGCUUGUACCAAGUGUAGUGGUAAUAAGCAUUUUUUCUGCCUUUUUGACACACAAAGUGAGUUUGCACAGUAUAUUUUGCAAAUCGUAUGUGUGCUACGACUGUAUAAUACUUCAUAUGUUGCUCAGCUAUGUCAGCUGCGUACAGCAAUACCCCCGUGUGGUGGUAUAGUGGUAAUGAGCAUUUUUUUAAUGUAUUUUUUUUACUUUGUAAAACCCGUUUUUAAACUUUUUUUUUUUAUUUAUUAAAUGUUUUACACUUUCUUAACUUUUUUUUUUACACUUUUAAAUUUUUAAUUUUUUUUCUAAACUUUCCUUUUACCGUUAACCCCUAACUAGCAGUAAGCAGCACCAACAGUAAAUUGCCCCCUCUCCCAUAACUCCCACCCACUCCAGCUAGCAAAAUAUAUAUAAUUAUAAAAUAUUUAAAUUAAUUAAAUAAAUUUAACCCCUAAGGGUUAAAAAAUAAAUAAAAAUUAAUCCUCAGGGGUUAAAAGAAAUUAGAUUACAGUAUAAUACUGUGACCUGUAUUUUGAUCACUGUAGCAGUGAUCAACUGGCAGGGAAGGGGUUCAUUUUUAUUUAGACUGGGUAAAGGGGGGGUGGUAUUUUUUUUUUUUACUUAAACAUUACUAAAACAUUUUUUGAAAACUUUUUUUACCUUUUUAAAGCUUAUUUUAAAACUUUUUUUAACGUUAACCCCUAGUUAGCCUAACACCAAAUUCCCCAAUUCCCCACUAACUUCCACCCAUCCCAGCUAGCUAAAUAUAUAAUGUUGAAAUAUUUAAAUUAAUUAAUAAAAUAAACGUAACCCCUGAGGGUUAAAAAAAAAAAAAAUUAACCUUCAGGGGUUAAAAAAAAAAUCAGAUUACAUUAAAAUGUAUACCCUGCCAAUUGAUCACUGUAGUCAGUUAUCAAUUGGCAGGGAAGGGGUUAAUUUUAUUAAAGCAGGGGAAAGGGGGGGUGGGAUUUAACUUUUUUUUUUUUUUUUUUUACACAGGGAGAAGAUCAGCAGCACUGAUCCGUCUCCCUGCACUUUACACAGAACCCGGAAGUGCAGGGAGGCGGAAGGUAAGUAUAUACAGCACAUGUGCAGCCUGUCAGAGCGAGCACUGCUGCAGGGGCAGCCCGAUAGGGUGCUCCCAGUCUCCCUCUAAUACAGAGGCAGACCGGAGCACCGUUAACCCCGCAGUCGUGGCGAUCUGGGGUUAACUUUAGUAAAUGAUGGAAAUUUUCCAUCAACGGUCCUUAACUGAAGGACAAGGUUGACGGAAAAUUUCCGUCUGCGGUCGGGAAGGGGUUAAGAUGCAGAUGUGGCACGUUUGUAGAGAGAAAGUGUGCGUGUGUGUGUGUGUAUAUCUCUCUCUCUAUAGAUAUAUAGAUAUAUAUUUAUAGAGCGAGAGAGAGAGAAACACUUGCUUUUCCCACAGAAAUCUCACCUUCACAGUGCUCUCACUACUGCAAGGGAUUCUGGGUAGGUGUAUGCAAAUUAGUUCAACAAAGAACCACAUUUUUGCCUCAUUCCACUUUAUACAUGAAUUCCUUAGAGUAUGUGUCUGCUGUAUACAACAGCUUUGAAACACAACUCAGGAAGAUGUACAGUAUCUCCCAAAAGUGAGUACACCCCUCACAUUUUUGUAAAUAUUUUAUUAUAUCUUUUCAUGUGACAACACUGAAGAAAUUACACUCUGCUACAAUGUAAAGUAAUGUGUACAGCCUGUAUAACAGUGUAAAUUAACUCAACACACAGCCAUUAAUGUCUAAACCAUUGGCAACAAAAGUGAGUACACCCCUAAGUGGAAAUGUCCAAAUUGGGCCCAAUUAGCCAUUUUCCCUCCCCGGUGUCAUGUGACUCAUUAGUCUUACACGGUCUCAGGUGAAUAACAUUGAAAAAGGUUUCGUUUUUUAAAGUAUGUGCCAAAUAUUUUAACAUUUCCUGAAUUUCACCCCGCCUUUAUAGUUUCUUGAAGUUUAUCAGCGUUGCAAAAAUAUUUUGGCAUUUGUUCUGUUAAAGUAAUUUACUUAGUGUUGGAAGAAAAUUAGUUUAUUUGAUAUUUUGUUUGCUAUAAAAUAAGAGGAAUGAUGAUAUUCUGAAUUAUAGUGUCAAUCGUCCUAAAAGAAGAAAAACUACCACAACAAGAGGACAUAGUCCUAAAUAAUAUCGGGAAGUAUUACUUGACAGAGAGUAAUACUAACCUCCACCGCUUCAGCUGGAAGGAUAUUCCGUGCAUCCACUACCCUCUCUGGCAAAGCAUGUCUCCAGACCCAAACCCCAUUGAGCAUAAGUGGGGCAUCCUCAAACUGAAGGUGGGGGAGCACAAGGUCUCUAACAUCCACUAGCUCUGUAAUGUCGUCAUGGAGGAGUGGAAGAGGACUCCAGUGGCAACCUGUGAAGCUCUGGUGAACUCUAUGCCCAUGAGGGUUAAGGCAGUGCUGGAAAAUAAUGGUGGCCACACAAAAUAUUAACACUUUGGGCCCAAUUUGGUCAUUUCCACUUAGGGGUGUACUCACUUUUGUUGCCAACGGUUUAGACAUUAAUGGCUGUGUGUUGAGUUAUUUUGAGGGGACAGAAUAUCUACACUGUUAUACAGGCUGUAUACUUACUACUUUACAUUGUCACAUGAAAAGAUAAUAAAAUAUUAACAAAAAUGAGGGGUGUACUCCCUUUUGUGAGAUACACACACACAUAUGCAUACGGUAUAUGCAUACAGUAUGUGUGUGUGUGUGUGUGUGUGUGUGUGUGUGUAUGUACAGUGGCGUACACAUGACCCAUGGGGCCCCGGUGCGAAAAUUGAUCCGUGGGCCCCCCGCGCGCGCGGGCCGGGCCGCAACACAUGGCGGUGGGCACCUGGUCGCAGGGGUUACAGGGCUGCGACCCCUGCGACCGUGGUAUGUACGCCAGUGCAUGCAGAUGCACACACACACUUAAAGGACCACUAUAGUGCCAGGAAAACAUACUCGUUUUCCUGGCACUAUAGUGCCCUGAGGGUGCCCCCACCCGCCCGGCUCUGGAAAGGGGAAAAGGGGUUAAACUUACCUUUUUCCAGCGCUGGGCGGGGAACUCUCCUCCUCCGAUCCUCCUUCUCUCUUCCCCAUCGGCUGAAUGCGCACGCGCGGCAAGAGCUGCGCGCGCAUUCAGCCGGUCACAUAGGAAAGCAUUCAUAAUGCUUUCCUAUGGACGCUGGCGUGCUCUCACUGUGAAAAUCACAGUGAGUAGCACGCAAGCGCCUCUAGUGGCUGUCAAUGAGACAGCCGCUAGAGGAUUAGGGGGCUUAACCCAUUCAUAAACAUUGCAGUUUCUCUGAAACUGCUAUGUUUAUAAAACAAUGGGUUAAGUUUAGCUGGACCUGGACCCAGACCACUUCCAUUGCUGAAGUGGUCUGGCCUAGAGUGGUCCUUUAAAGGACCACUACAGACACCCAGAUCACAUCAGCUCAAUGAAGUGGUCUGGGUGUCAGGUCCCUCUAGUUUUAACCCUGCAGCUGAAAACAUAGCAGUUUCAGAGAAACUGCUAUGUUUCACUGAGGGUUAAUCCAGCCUAUAGUGGCUGUCUCACUGACAGCCGCUAGAGGAGCACACUGAACGUCCAUAGGAAAGCAUUGAGUAAUGCUUUCCUAUGGGCGGUUUGAAUGCGUGCGCGGUCGCAUUCGGAGCUGAGAGGCUGAGGGAUCCUCAGCGCCAAGGGAGUCCGGCGCUGGAGAAAGGUAAGUGCUGAAGACACACACACUCUCACUUACAGACGCAUACACACUAGCUAACAGACACACACAUUUACUGACAGACACACUCAGCGACAGACAUACAUACACACUAACUUACAAAACAUACACUCUCAUUGACAAGCACACACACUCACUAACAGACAUCAAACAGACUCACUAACACACACACUCAGUAAGACACACACAGUAACACUCACUGACACACACAGUAACACUCACUGACACUCACUAGCAGACACACUCACACACUCUAACGCUCACUCUAACAAUCACUAGCAGACACACUCACUCACUCUAACACUCACUAGCAGACACACUCUAACACUCACACACACUAACACUCACUAGCAGACACACACACACACUAACACUCACACUAAUACUCACUCUAACACUCACACACUCUAACACUCACACACUAACACAUGUUGUUUUUUUUUUUAAAUGUAAUCCCCCCAGCCUCCUUACCUUUUGGAGUGCUGGGGGGAUUCCCUGGGGUCCAGUGGUGCUGCUGGGCUCCUGGGCAGGUGGCCGGUCGGGCAGGCGGGCGCGCGAGGGAGCACUCAGUGCUUCCUCUUCAGCUCCCUCGCGCGCCGCGCAGGGAUGCUGGCGCCGGAAGAUGACGUCAUCUUCCGGCUCCGGUAUCAGUGCGGUGCGCGAGGGAGCUGAAGAGGAAGCACUGAGUGCUCCCCCGCGCGCCCGCCUGCCGGACCAGCCACCCGCCUUCCGGGUAUCAGCAGGGCCAGCCUCGGGGGGCCCUGGGGUGGUCGGCUCCUGGGCCCCCCAGGGGAAGAGGCUGGCCCAGUGGCGUACAUACCGGGUCGCAGGGGCGGCCGGGCCCCCUGGUAUGUACGCCACUGUGUAUGUAUAUAUAUAUAUAUAUAAAAAAUGUGAAAGUAUAAAUAUUGGCUGCACUCAUGGUCUUCAAUAGAAAAGUUCCUUUAUUCAAACAUGAUAAUCCUUAAAUCGACGUGUUGCUCUCGGCAUCCCUGUGUGCAGACUGCGCAUGCUCCCGUGUGGCCACGCCCCUACCGUGAUGUCACGCAAUCACGGGAUGACGUCACGUGCCACCGUUGUCAUGGCGACGCGGCACUCAUCUGCGUGGUUACUGCAUUUAUAAUCCUUCAUGUAGUGACCCACAUGCAGUCCUAAAGCCGAAAGCAUGCAAAGAGUGACUAAAAACAUUAACAUGUAGUAAGUUCACUUCUAAUGAGUUUAUAUAUCAUAAGAACAAGUGAUAAAGAAGAAUUAUAUUGGAUUAGGAAAGUGAUAUGAUAGCCUGUAACUAGGUACAUAUAUACAUUAUAUAAUACCCCAGGCAAAACUAUUUUAAAGUGUCUUAAUUGUACAGUAUAAAAGUGCAUAUAGUGCACUUGGAUAUAAACUGUUUAUACUUUUGAAUUGCCAUAAUUUUAUAAAGUGCACCUGAUUAUUUUAAAAGAAAAAAAGUGCAAGAAAUUCUUAAAAGUGCAUAUUAUUUUAUAAAGUGCCCUAAUUGUAAAGUGUAUAAAUAUUAAAGUGUCUAAAGUAUUCCAAAGUGCCCAACACUUUAUAAAGUGCCUUAAUCCAAUAUUUAAAAUGUAGCCAGUUACAAGUUGGUAUAUAAGUGCAUAAAGUACUUAGAUUACUAAACCAGUGGACGAACUAAGUGGUCAAAAUAAGUGAAACACGUGCUUAACAUUUGUGUUUUAAAAAUACAUAGCUACUAUACUAUAUACAUAUACGUAUAGCUAUUAAAAUAAUGAGCUAAUACUUAACAUAUGAGAUAUGAACUUGAAACUUAUUAUACCAGAUGGACAACCGUACCAUAAUUUCCAAAGGUUGCAAGGCAUUGUUUGGCCACAUAUUAUUUUCUUAAUCUUAUAUAUAGCCCUAUUUCUUAGUGUUGACAGAUGUUAUGCAUGCUCACAAAUCUACCUCUAUCACAUUAGUAAAAACAAAUAACAAGCAGGUUGUAUUUAAAGAAACGAAUGGUAAGAUAAUGUUUCGUUUAAACCCUUGGGGGCAAAUGUUUCGUUUAAACCCUUGGGGGCAAAUGUUUCGUUUAAACCCUUGGGGGGUGUCCAAUAUGAAAAUCCAUUAAACCAUGCAUAGAUUAAAAACAAUGGAAUCACGAAUGCCUGAUGGGUUUGGGAUACAUUGAAAAUAAAUCUUGGAGUACAAACACACAAAACAGCUUGAAAACUAAUUUGUGUAAAGGUCACCCCGCUGAAAAUGUCACCAUGAUAUUAAGAUUUUUUUUUAUAUAUUUGCCUGCAAUUUAUAAUUUUUAUUGCCACAAGCUAAAAUAAUGCAGAGUGAAAUUUUUAACUUGUUGCAGUCCCAUUGCACGUUUUAUUUUAUCUGUUCCCUCGUCUAUUAUUAAGAUCACACCCGAGAGCGCUUAUAGAUUACAGAGUAUUGCUGUAUUUAACGUGUUGGGAUGGAAAGAUUUAGAAUCUCUAGAUGUGAAGGAAGGGAUAAUAGUAAUUACGUAUCUUGGCAGUAGAAAGUAGGACACACCGCUUGCUUGUCCUCAGCGGGUAUAAUUUAAGCUUUUAUCCAAGGAGCAAAACCCCUCCAGCCAUAUUUUACAAAUCUGAAAAAUUAUACACCCUCAUUUUACAAAAUAUCAUUUUUGCAAUGUGAACAAUGACUAAUGUAUAGCUCAUAUUAUUAGGUUAAAAUCAUGUGGUAAUACAUAAUGUGAUGCUUUUUAGUGUAUUUUUUUUUUUGUGUGGUCUCUCUGUAUUUCUGUAUUUUGCAUGCUGGCUAUUUUAAGAUUACAUGUGGAGUGUGGCUGCCACACACAAAAUGAAAUCACAGUUUGACACAGAUCUUCAUUCUACUGCAAUGCAAUGAUUGACAGUUUGAGAAUAUUUGCUAAAAGAGAUCUAGACGGGCAGUUUUCAUAUUGGAUUUUCCUUUUCAUAUCUUUUGUGAUGCCAAAAAAUAAGUAUAACAUCUAUGAAUUAUAGAACUGUGUAGUUUAACAAAAAAACAGACAAACUAACUUGUACCUUUACAAUUUAAUGGUUUGCGUCUGUUGUAUUAGCCCCUCAAUAAUGAACAGUAUACCUAAUAUAUCACUGCCACUAGGAGUUUGAAUCACUUUUGUUUCUGUUACUGCAGCCCUAGCCACAUCUCCCCUCGCCGUGACUCACACCGCCCCAUGAAAAACAGUUUCAUUUUCAGUCAGAUGUUGACUUGUUUUAGAGGUUUUUAUCUCCUGCUCUGUAAAUCGAACUUUAAUUACACACAGGAGGCUCCUGUAGGGUCUAGGACUAUUAACGGAGCAGGAGAUAAGAAAUUCUAGAUUAAACAGACUGUGCAGUACAGGAACCUGGCAUAUUUGUUAUUUUUCAGAAAAUGGUUAGGAAGGCUGUACAAGUCAUGUGCAAAGCUGCAUAAACAAAGUGAUUUAACUCCUGAAUGGCAGAGAAUUGAGCAGUGAGACUGCAGGGGCAUGUUCUAUACACCAAAACUGCUUCACUGAACUAACAAUGUUUUGGUGCCUAUAGAGAGUCUUUUUAAUGUAUUAACUGUAGUAGCUAUUUUAAGUUUACAUGAUCUGCCUAAUAGAGUUAACACAGGAUUCCAUCCUUCUGAGGUGAUAACGUCUAUAUCAAGUGACACAUAUUGAAAAGCAUAAAAGAACACAAUGUACCACUUCUUCAUAAACGCGUAUCAAUUAAACUGUUAAUAGCACCUGACUGAUUCCUCUCUUGCAACUGUCACUAGUCUAAUACUAUCCUUACCUUUUGUGUCAUUUUACCCCACUCCCUCUAGCAUGUAAGCUCAUUUAGCAGGGCCCUCAACCCCUCUCUUCCUGUGUGUCCAACUUGUCUGGUUACAACUACAUGUCUGUUCGUCCACCCAUUGUAAAGCGCUGCGGAAUUUGACGGCGCUAUAUAAAUAUCAUAAUAUCAUAAUAUCAUUCUUGUUUAAAUAAUUUUAAUAUUUGACAAAGGGCAGUAAUAUGAUACUAUCCAUUUACAUGAAGAAUAUUUAUUAGAUAAUUAAUAUAUAUGUUACAGGACAUAAACGCCCUUUGCGCUUCCCUUUUAUUGGUUAUAAUUUAUGGAAAUUUUCUUGUUUUUCCAGUAUUCAUCCACAAUGCACUACCAUUUGUAGGUUUCGGCUUCUUGGACAAUGCUAUCAUGAUUGCUGCGGUAAGUUCCGAUUUUAUUUUUUAGAACAUUUAGUGUUGAAGAAUAUGUUGAUGGCACUUCUGGGAAUAAACUGAAUGAACAGUUGUUGCUUGUAUGUAUUUUAGAAAAAGUACAAACAUCAAUUCAAAAUCCACAAGACCGUUUCCACUUGUGAUACAAUGUGGCAUUUACGCACAAUAAACUCUUAAAUAGUUAGAUAUAUAAAUGGGUGUUCAGCUUUACUAAGGUGAAUUUAACCUUUUUUAAGAGAGUAACUCAAAAGAUUGUAAAGAGUUAAAGCAAAACAAAAUGGCGUUGAUCGUAGAAAAGUGUUAAACGGAUAAGGAAAAAUAGAAUAAAAAUCUGAACAAAAUCCUUACUCGUUCCCGUCCCCGUCCUCAUACCUCAUACCCUGGGAAUCUUUAAAAGAAAAAAAAAUAUGCAGGUUAAACCAAGCGUAUUAUAAAAUUUCAAUUUAUUCACUGUCCGAUUUAUUUAUGAUUCCCACCCAAACAUGGCACCAUGUAAGAGUCUCUAUGGAUAUGUGAUUUCAACCAACUGUGGCCAGUUAUUUAUAGGGUUAAUUUAAUUUUAAUUUAAGGUCAAUUUAGUUGAACUAUGGCUUCUUUGGCCUUAAAUUGGAUAUUCACUUUGUAUUCUGACUUUAGUAAAUAAUCUUGUUAGUCUUCGACUUUUGGCAACUCAGCAGUUAUAGAAACAUCGAAUGUGACGGCAGAUAAGAACCAUUAGGCCCAUCUAGUCUGCCCAAUUUUUUAAAAUACUUUCUUUAGUCCCUGGCCUUAUCUUGUAGCUAGGAUGGCCUUAUGCCUAUCCCAUGCAUGCUUAAACUCCUUUACUGUGUUAACCUUUACCACUUCAGCUGGAAGGCUAUUCCAACGAUCAACUACCCUCAGUUGAAGUACAAAGGAAAAUAUUUCAUGCAAAAUAACUUGUAAAAAAAAAAUAUUAUAAUAAUAUAUACAUUUGGUAUCAGGAUCUCUGUCACAUAGAAUUUUGUCAUAUUUGUAAAGAGUUAGAAGACCGUUAUCCUGUAAGGAUCAAUACCCUAAUAAACACUAACAACAUUGUUAGAAUCUAAAGGGAUAUCUGGCAAUUUUCACACCAAGUUCAGUAGGACAUAUGUUGAGUACAUUGUGACCUAACCGAUCCCUAUGUUAUAUUAUUAACAAAUAUGUUGUAUCAGCUGUGUAACUAAGCAGAAACUACCACUAAGGUGUGAGGACAUUUUAUUGAUUAGAUUCAUACAUCCAAUUUUAAUGUAGGACCGUUUGCACCUCUUAAAUGCAAGAGAUUCUACUUGUAUUUCACUGUUCUAUGUUAUGCAUUAUUUUUAUGUUAACGAAGAUAUUCCAGAAAGAAAAUCUGAGUUUUGAAUUUUUUUAAUUUUUUAUUAUUAACUCUCUCUAUAGUUCAUGAAUUUUGGUAAAUCCACAGUGUGGAUAGUCAUUUUCUUUCUAUCAAUGACCAUGUUGAAAUCUGGUUAUAUAAAGAUGGCAUGCUUUAUUCCAGAAAAAUAAAUUAAACCUCCCCGCUUGAACCAAAACAAGAUUCACUUGUAUGCACAGAAAACAUAAUUAUAUAAGUUAUAUAUUGUUGUUGUUUUUUUGGCAUGCAUAUUUUGCAUUCCAUGUAUUAUUCCUAAAUGGGUAUUUUAGCUUCUCCCAUAAGCCACUUGCUGUCCCUUUAAAGUGCAGCCCACUCGUAACAGGUGCACUUUAAGUGUCUGAUGCCAGUGUAUGCUGUAAUUGUUACAUUCUGAGUGAUGUUUACAAUGUGAGCCAGUGAGUGGCUGAUGGUAUGUAGCUACAAGCAGCUGAAGGCUGAGUGCGAUCUGUCUCUUUCUAUGUCUUGCAUCCUUUUUUUAGCAACACAAAUGACUUUCUCCACAAGGUCAUGUUAGGACGAAGGGACAUAAUGCCACAAAUGAUUAAGUAAGGCCUUUAAAACUUUCCUUAGAGAUUCUGGUGUACUGUGCUCUGAAAGUGGGCUGUAUGUCGGCAGAAGAAAAAAUGAUUUAAUUUUCGCUCAUACAGUAUGAAAAAUGUUAACAAAUAUUAUGGCAUUGUCCUUGGCAAAGAAUAUUCACACACUAUAGGACAGACUCUGAACUUCACUUCCCAUUAGUAUUGUGUGUAGGGGUCUUAUUACAUGUGAUGUUUUCACUAAGUGUACAGGUUUUGUCCACAAGUGUGAAUGAUUUUUAAAACAAUCCGUCCUGUAAUAGCCAAUAUGCCCCUUGCUUUCUAAAUUUAUUCCCAACAUUCUAAAUGUUCCAAUGUAAUAAAGUAUGUUUAACUUUUCUUACAGCCUUACGGAUUUAAUUUUUUGUAUAGUCUUUUAGUGAUUACAGCAAUUUUGCAGCAUAGAGUUAGCAUCUCUUGACAGAAGAGUAAAGACUUUGGAGCAAUUUAUGGAGAUUUCACUGCAAUCUUCAAACAUUUUUGAAUAAAACUCUGCAAACAAUAUUUAUAGGAAAUUCUCCUAUCUUUUCUGUUUUUCUUGCAUGUUUGCAGUACAGAGGAAACACCCACUUUAGACAGAACUAUAAAUACUAAUGCAUAAAUUCAUGUGAGCAACAAAAAUCAAUCAUUUUGCAGCUGUCCAGUUGCUCUUAAAUUACUUCUCCCAUUACUCUCGGGCAGCAGUGGAAGAACCCCAAGGGAGAGAGACCUGGUAUAUUUUAACAAACAGGCAUUUCAGGCAUUUAGACACUCAUGUUUCCACUGGGUAAUGUACUGCACACUGUGCGUUAUACUGGAUAAACACAUUAUAAAAUACCGGGGAGUUUCCAUGGGCUAAGCUGGGAUCUGUUUCAAAUAUUUUUAUUGAGUUUUUAAAAUAUAUAUACAUAUAAUGUAAUAACAAUAAACAUAUCGACAAUACACAUUGAUAAUACAUGAGUUUUAACAACAAUGAAUGUACAAAGUUACCAACAAUAUAAUAAAAAAAGAAAAAUUAACAAAUUCAAAAAUAAAUAAAAUAGAAAAAUUACAAAUUGUGAGAAAAAUAAUAAAAAGAAACGAAACAAUAAAAUAUUUUGUAAAAAAAUUAGUAAAAUCAUCCUUAAAAAUAUAUUUUUUUAGUUAUUUAGUCUAUCCUAUUUCCAAAAUGACAGAAAGUUGUUGCAAUAUUAACAGUAUAUAUUUACAUAGUUUAGUUAAAUGGGUAUCCUAUUACUAAAUUGUAUUUGCUUUGGACAUUUUUUUUCCCCAUUCUUGUCUUAAUAUAAUAAUAUAUUCCGAGUAUGCGCGGUAGAUUAAUUUGUGAUGUUUAUUAGAAUGCAGUAUACAAUCUCUAGCAAGUCAUUAGUUUUCCAAUAUCUGGUCAUGGCUGUAGCUGCUGCAAUUAAAAUAUGACCUAGCAUUAUUUUUUUGUGUUUUGGAAGGUGAUUUGGAAUACUUUUAAAUAGACAAAGUUCAGGGGUCAACUGGGGGAUUGAAUCUGUGAUUGAAUAUAUUAAUUUGUGGACUGAUUUCCAAUAUGAGCCCACCUUGGGACACGUCCACAGUAUGUGACACAAUGAGCCUAUUUGUCCACAACCCCUCCAACAUUUAUCCAAAUUAGUUAAUUUAAAUGUAUGUAAAUGGGGGGGUGGGGGGGGGGGGUUCCUAUUCUAAGCUGGGAUCUGGCAUUGAAAGUAUGGCAUCUGUUGAAUCGGAGUUUAUCUAAAACUUAAAGCAGUCAUGCCGAACUUACCUUUCUUUAUUCGAUUCUUCUUCUCUACCUCUGUCAGGAUCUUCAUUCCUUCCUGUCUGCUCUAGUUUUCUUUAAAACAUAAGACAAAGUAUGGACUAUUUUUCUUAUGGAAGUUUCCUACGCCUGACCAUCUCUGACCAGUGGAGGAGCAAAGUGUGCUCCGUUUCCUGUGGUCAGAGAAAUUUCCCCACAAUUCUUACCUUUCCUCCGUGAUCUUGUGAUGUUUCCUGUCCGUAUUCCCGAACGUCCUGUCAUUUAGACAGAAUGCAGGAGAAACUACUGAAUUUCGUCCUAACAGAAUGAGAACAAUUUCUCCAUUCAUGUUAGGACGCAAUUUGGGACUUUGUUCGGAUUGGAAUUUCAUUAGAAUGAAUGAAACUCCAAUCCUAUUUCCAAUCCAUAUUUGCAGCCGCUUAGUAGAUAGCUCACUAAUUCCCACCGUAUUAGGGAGCUAUCUACCAAAAGAUUACUUAGUAUUAGUAAAUUCUGCCCCUUCUCGCUAUAUUCCAAGUAGAGGCAUGUCUCACUGAAAAAUAAAUAACAAUAAAAGCCUCAUAGUGUCUCCCCUCCCGAGUCCCCACCCGCGCCGUGCAAGUCGCGACUAUUGAACUGAAUGGGGGACCUAUUGUCCUCCCCACCCCCAGCCCCACCCCUGAGCCGGGGGGAGGACAAUAGGUUCCACCUCCCUUAUUGCACUUUAGGGUCCCCACCCGCCACUCAGUGGUGGGGACCCGGGGGGAGGACAAUCGGUACCCACCCACAUUUUCAUUUAGGGCCCCCACCUGCCGCUCGGGGUGGGGGUCAAGGGGGGCGUAAUAGGUCAGUUCAAUAGCCCCUGAUCAUGCGGCACGGUUGGGUGGACACUAGGUUUUUUUGUUUGUUCUUUUAACAGAGAGCAGCCAUAGGCUGCUCACUGUUUAGUAGACAUGCCCCUACUCGCAAUAUAGCUAAGUAAUCUUUACUUGAUAUUAGUACAUUUGGCUGAUAGACCAAUUUAGGUCUUUCAGCCUUUUGGUAGAUAGCUCCCUAAUACAGUGGGAAUUAGGGAGUUAUCUACUAAGUGGCUGCAAGAUGCAGCCCCAGCACGAAUAGGAUUGGAGUUUCAUUCAUUCGAAUGAAAUUCCGAUCCGAACAAAGUCCCGAAUUGUGUCCUAAUAUGAAUGGAGAAACUGUUCUCAUUCUAUUAGGACGUAAUUCUGUAGUUUCUCCGGCAUUCUGUCUAAGUGACAGGAUGUUCGGGAAUACUGACAGGAAGAAUCGCGAGAUCACGGAUCAAAGGUAAAAAUUGUGGGGAAAUAUCUCUGACCACAGGAAACGGAGCACACUUUGCUUCUCCUCUGGUCAGAGAUGGUCAGGCGUAGGAAACCUCCAUAAGACCAAUAGUCCCUACUUUAUCUUAUAUUUUAAAGAAAACUAGAGCAGACAGGAAGAAAUGAAGAACAGAUCCUGACAGAGGUAGAGAAGAGGAAUCAAAUAAAGAAAGGUAAGUUCGGCAUGACUGUGCCGCUUUACAAAGAACUGUGAGGUUCGCCAUAUUACUAUCACCUUCUCUGAAACAUCAGGAUUCUCAUAUAGUAACAAUAAUCCUUUUUUAUGUUAGACCCGGUUUAUUAUUUUAAUAGAACUUGUGUUAUCAGAUUUAUUUAAUCAGUAAACCUAACAUCACUGAACAGAAAUAUUAUGUUUCAAGACUUAAAUCAAAACACAUCAAGUAGCUGUUUCCCAGCAAAACAUUAUAAAGGUACAGAUUGGAAUAAACAAAAUUUUUAAGGGUUUUCCCCAAACUAGUGAGCUAGCAGACCAUAUUUUGAAGCAAACUUUAUCUAGAAAUCUCAUAAAUGUCAUAAAAACCUGUAUUGCUCCCAGAGUGUAAAACGUGAUACUGUACUGGAUCGCUAUAGAUUGGUUGGUAGAAACCCAGUCACAAUUUUCCUCUUCUUUUUUUAUUUUUUUAUUUACAGGGAACACAAAUAGAAUUGUCCAUCGGUGUCAUUUUAGGAAUUUCUACCAUGGCAGGUAAGUACAUUCCUCUCCCCUUCGAUUUCACUGCAAAAUUCUUGAAAUGUUCUUAUCUUAAUGAACUCCAUUAUCAUGAUAAACAUUAGUCCAGUCUCAUCAUCUGGUGCUAAUUCUGCCAAUUCUAACAAUACGUACGUAUCACCAGGCUUGAAAAUGCUUGGAUCACAAUUUUACUACUGUACCUACUUAUGCUGUAUUGCAGACAAGUUGCGUACAAUACCUGACAAUAAUAUCGGGCUUGCUUAUUGAAGCAAUAAUGAAACCGCUGAUAUACUUGUUUCACCAACCGGUGUCAAAAUCAAAGGGAACCUUUCAAAUCGGUGGUAUAAAAAUGUUUUUAAUACCAAAUCAUGAAUAUUCUUCCAACACUUAUUUUGUAGAUCUGCUGUGGGACAAGUCUUUAUAAAAAAUAAAAAAACAAUACAAAAUCAGUUUGUAUUGGUAGCUUAGGGCUCUUUCUAUAACAAUUUGUAACAGCUGAAUGUGUACUAAUCUAAUUUCACUCCUUUGUAGUCUUAUAGCCAGCUUUGAUAAUGAGGACAACGCAAAUAGUGCAUUGCGCUCUUAUUUUAGAUCUCUCUUGUUACAUUGACAUAGUUUAAUCUCCAUUUAUCUGCCCUGGGUAAUAGAUUUAGGGUCUGCUCAAAAGAAGCUCAUUCAUUGCGCCUUUGCCAUUGUUUUCUAAAUAUAAAUGUAUCUGGGGAUUUCCACGUCAGGAACCAUUUAGGUCAAUAAUCCUGGAUUUUGAUGUAUUUAUUGUCUCCCUUGUGACAAGGUCUGCAGUUUAAGUAUUUCAUUCACCGCUGUUCUUUUUAGUUUCCUAUAAUGGUACUUGCCUGCCCCAUUUCAUCUCAGCUCUUUCCUUUCCUUUGAUCUCGACAUACUAUGGCCAUGGACGGUACAAAUCUAAUUAAUCCCUGGUUGGCGCCCUGUCAGGAAAGACCUGAUCUCACUAGGCCCCUGUUUUAGUCCUUAAAUGAUGGUUAAACAUGUAAAAUGUCAACGAGCAACACAUUAGGUAAAGGCUAAAAUGUUAUGUAUAAGAAAAGUGUUCUAUUUUAGUUCAUUUAAUUUUAAUUUAUUAUUAAAAUAUAGUUGAAGCAUUAAAAAAAAAUAGAUUAACAUGCAGGAUUUUUAAAACCUCUCUGCAGGUAACCAGCUCAUUUUAAAAUAGCUGUGUAGCAAGGGGAACAUUUUAACAUGGUUAUUCUAAAGUCAGAAUUCAAGGUGAGUUUCAAAUUUAAGACCAGAAUAGCCUAAUCGGAAGCAGUUUGGUAACCCUGUAAAUGUAUAUCCGUGCAGUCUGGUGGUUAGCUACAUAUUUAAUUAAUUACAAAUAUGCAAAAAUAAAUAUAAAGAUGAUACAUGCUGUAAAUCCCCAGGCUUUACAGCAUCUGCAGUGAACUCUGCACAAAACAGGAAGCGACUCCAGCUUCUCGCAUUAUUUUCAGCAGAGCUGAGCAUAUUACAUGAAAAAGGAAUAUACUGCUUUAGAAAAUCAGCUUGCCAAAAGCUUCUUUCACAGUUUGUAAGAGAUGCUGUUAGAUGUUGUUCAUGUAUGUGACCAUGGCUCAGUUUUUUUACAACGUGUCAUGUAAAUGAAAGAGGGAAAUGCAGAAAUUAAAAUAAGAUCAGAAUAGAAUGUCAAGAAAGAACCUUGUAGUCCCUACUUUGUCACAGGAUAUCUUUUGACUGGGUUGGAAUUUAGAAACAUAGAAUGUGACGGCAGAUAAGAACCAUUCGGCCCAUCUAGUCUGCCCAAUUUUCUAAAUACUUUCAUUAGUCCCUGGCCUUAUCUUAUAGUUAGGAUAGCCUUAUGCCUAUCCCACGCAUGCUUAAACUCCUUUACUGUGUUAACCUCUACCACUUCAGCUGGAAGGCUAUUCCAUGCAUCCACUACCCUCUCAGUAAAGUAAUACUUCCUGAUAUUAUUUUUAAACCUUUGCCCCUCUAAUUUAAGACUAUGCCCUAUUGUUAUAGUAGUUUUUCUUCUUUAAAUAUAGUCACCUCCUUUACUGUGUUGAUUCCCUUUAUGUAUUUAAAUGUUUCUCCUACAAGCUAUACAUGAUAAGAUCCUUUAAAGUGGCACUGUCAUGCCGAACUUACCUUUCUUUAAUCGCUUCCUCUUCUCUCCCUCUGUCAGGAUCUGUUUUUCAUUUCUUCCUGUCUGCUCGAGUUUUCUUUAAAACAUAAGACAAAGUAGGAACUACUUUGUCUUAUAGAGGUUUCCUACACUUUGACCAGCGGAGGAACAAAGUGUUCUCCGUUUUCUGUGGUCAAUGCAAUUUUCCCACAAUUCUCACCUUUCCUCCGUGUUCUCGCGAUGUCUCCUUUCCGUAUUCCCAAACGCCGACAAAACUACUGAAUUUCGUCCUAACAGAAUGAGAGCAGUUCGUCCAUUCGUGUUAGGACGAAAUUCAGGACUUUUGUUCGGUUCGAAAUUUCAUUCAAAUGAAUGAAAUUUCAUUCAAAUGAAUGAAAUUCCGAUCCGAUCGCGGAUGCAUCUUGCAGCCGCUUAGUAGAUAACUCCCUAAUUCCCACGGUAUCAGGGAGCUAUCUACCAAAAGGCAGAAAGACCAAGAUUGGUCAUUCACACAACUUUACUACUACUAAGUGAAAAUUACUUGGUAAUUAAUCUGCCCCUACUCGCUAUAUCGCAAGUAGGGGCAUGUCUAGUAAACAGUUAAAAGCCCAUGGUGGGGCAUCUUUUAACUAGCCUGGGGGCUAUUCAAGUAAAUUGGGAACAUAGGGUCCCCCUUGGCCCCCACCCCUGAGCGGUGGGUAUGUGCCCUAAAUUACAAUAAGGUUGGGGACCUAUUGUCCUCCCCCUGGCCCCCACACAAAAAUAAAAAUGGGGGGGGGGAAACAUAUUUUCCUACCACAGCCCCCACCCACGAGUGGCGGGUGGGGGCCUUAAAUGAAAAUGGGGGCACCUAUUGUCCUCCCCUGGCCCCCACCCCGAGUGGUAGGUGGGGGCUCUAAAUUACAAUAUGGCAGUGGACCUUGUGUGGGCAGAUGACGUUUCCCACAGGGCCUUCAUCUACCCACACAAAGAUGGCGGCGCCCAGAACCUAGGUCCAGGCACAAAAUAAAGAUGCAGAAAUAGGUAAUAUGGGGUGUGGCGAAACCGACCUCGCCACUGGGCAUUGGAGAAGACUGAUUGCCAGCCUUUUGCCAUGUGAUUAUGGUCCCUGGAAGAUCUGGCCCUUUAAAUACAGUAUUUGGACAUAUUGUAUUUUAUUGUGCUGUUUCUGGCCCUUUAAGUACUUUGGGAAAGGACCUGCAGUUUUGGCAUGGAACUUCGAAGUGCCGAAGUAGUCAAAAUGGCCGCCAUUAGAAAACCGAACACGUGGCGGCGGCCAUUUUGAUUCAUUCGAAUGCAGUCAGCGGUGUGUGCCGCCAAACUCAUGGAACUAAAAUCGGCUACAGAACGGCACAAAGACCGCUGAAGUUUUACCUUCCCUGGAACUAAUGCAUUUUAACCCCAUGGAUGGAAUUGGCUGAAUUUUGACUGUUUAUAAUUAAAGUGUGCUGAAUAAAAAUUUCAUUUUUAUGAAGAUUGAAUGCACGUUUUUAAAGUUACAGUAUAUGUGUAAAAACUGUAUUUCUCUGUCUGUGAUAAUUACAUUAACCCAUUAUGUAAGGUAAUUGUAUCACAGGCAGAGGGGAGGAUUUUGUGUGGGAGUGUCUCAGUGUAUUGUACGUAUUGAUUGGUUGUACUUCAAAACCCUGUGGGUGGUACUAUGAUUGUAGAAUGGGCAUAAAAGCAGAGUGUUUGAUUAAAAACUUCAGUUCUACUUCACCCUCAAUUUGGAGUGCCAUCUCUAAUUGGGGGAAUCUGCUACAAGGGAUUACUAUACUAGUCAUACUCCCUUGCUAUAUCACUACUAAGCUCUUGUAAGAGCUUGUUCCUGUCUUGCUCUCUGAAGGAGUCUACGGUGGUUAUGGUGUCAGCUGGAGUGCUUGGAGCCCUCAGAAAGGGCUAGGAGCAUCCUUCAAUGGAGGUACCCAGUCUGGGUGCCAGGUGAUCCAUUACAUGGGGGGCAUAGGGGCAUUUGGAGGUAACUAGGGGGGCAAUUAGAUGUAGUGGAGUCGGGAGGGAGGGUUAAAAAAAAAACCAACUGGAUCCGGCCAUGACAGUGCUGUUUUAAACCUCCUUGUAAGUUUUAUCCUAUAAUCCAUAAACCAGUUUAGUAGUCCUUCUCUGAACUCUCUCAAAAGUGUGAAAAUUCCAACACAGUCAAUAUCAGUAUUUAAUAAAAAUGUUUUCUUUAUGAAAUACUCAUUUUUGGGUGACGGUGCUGCUUUAAGACUUGAUUUAAUAAGCUUUUCAAAUGAUUGAACACAAUUAGAAAAACUUUAUUAAUCAUUUAUCUACAAAACAUCUCAUAGACUUUAAUUCUGAUUUCUGUAGAUAAACCAUUUGGAACAUUAUUCUUAUUUUGUUUAUUAAAUCGAUUCCUUUGUCUGAAUUAUUGUUCUGUUAUUUUACUUUUUUUUUUUUUAUCAAAAAAAUGGCUUCUCUGACCCUUUUGUCCUCUGAAUUAUAGUUCUAUUUUUCUUUUUCAAAAAGGGCCUUCUCUGACAGCAUGGUAUUGUACAAAUGAUGUUAUCAAUGCAAUAUAAGCUAUUAGAAAAUACUUCUGCAGAAUCUAGAUCAUUUCAGCACAAGCAAGAGCAAUAAAAGAUUAACUGUAUGGGAAAUUACAGAAAUAUGAUUUAAUGCUGUUUAGAAGAACACAAUUAUUAUGUACGUUAAUAUUACAGUCUAGGGGGCAUGUGGGCUAAACCAUGCAGUUUAAAAAGAAAAAAAAAACCUAACAAACAAAGCUAAACUCCUUUUCAGUAAAAUUGGAAAAUGUUCCCAUGCUUCUUCUGUCCAUUAUCUCAAAGUUUAGCGAAUAAAUCCCAGAGAGUUCCCAAACAUUUCAGCUAUAGUAAACCUUGAAAUCGAAUAUCCAGCUCAAAGUUUACUCCCAGUAUGAUUAGCAAACCUUGACAUCUCCAGAGUGGUUCAUAAAGGAGCAUGAUAGGGUCAGGAACACAGACAUAUAUUCCUGACUCUAUAGUGUUAAAAACACCAUCUAGCCCCCCUGACCCUCUUUGCCCUCUCUAAAUAUAGCAAAGCCUUACCUUUAUUGCAGCCUGUGGCUGCUGGCUCUGCCAUUGAUCUGCCUGCUUGACUGACACCAUUAGAAGUGAUUAAUCUAAGCCAUUAGAUUGGCUGAAAAAGUCAAGAAAGCAGAUUGGGGCAGAGCCAGCACAAGCCAAACACAGUCCUGGCCAGUCAGCAUCUCCUCAUAGAAAUGCAUUGUGCAGCACUGCCCCAGGAAGCACCUCUAGCAGCCAUCUGAGGAGAGACCAGUGGAGGUAUCCCUAGACUGUAAUGUAAACAAUGCACUCUAAAAAUAGUGUUUACUGCAAAAUGCCUGAAGAAACUGAUUCUACUCACAAGAACAAAUACAAUAAGCUGUAGUUGUUCUGGUGACUAUAGUUUCCCUUUAAUUCAGAUAAACUCCAUUGUGAACCUUUUAUUGUAACAUUCUGGAAUUUUUGUGACUAUUUGCCGUUAAAGUACACUUAAGGCUUUGAUUGUUUUUCAUGUUCUAAAAUAGUAUCUAUUUUUUUUUUUUGCAGCUGCUGCCUUAGGAAACCUUGUGUCUGAUUUAGCUGGACUUGGGUAAGUAAUACUUGGAACAUUAUUAGAAUGGAAAAACCAAAUAGCACACACCACUACAACAGGGAACCGCAUAACAUGCAUUAACGUAACUAUAAAUAAGAUUCAUACGCAGUAUGAAAACGCUAAAUGGCUUUUGUUAAAGACAGGGUUCACUGCUGAUUUUUUGGGGAAUUGUAUGUACCUAAAAUUCUUUAAAAUGAUCUGUACUGAUGAAUUUUCUUUCACUUGUUCUUUACGCAACUGUUUUAUUGACUUAUUUUUCCCUUUUCUUUGCUAAAUAAAUAAAGAAAGAAAGAUUGUCGAAAAAUACUAAAUGGUAUGACAAUCUUUCUCUAUUCAUUUAUGUCCAGAUAGCUCCUUCGGUUAGUGUACCAUCUGAUUAAUCCCGAAUGACCGGUUCUGCUCAUGAUACAUCCUUUCCUUCCUUUCAAAGUAGAUGCAAUAAAUAUUAUAAAAGUAAAUCUUUCAGUAUUAUGUAUGUACAUGCUUAUCCAAAAAAAAUACCUUUAACAAGUCUGUAAAAUUUUAUUGAGGGGUGUAUUUAUUUUAGAGAAAAAUUAGGUUUCUAUUCGUUGACUAUAACGACGGUGGAGGUUAUUUUAUGAAUUUAUUAGUUCAACGUUUUAGUACAGUACAGGGAAUAGUCUUUCUGAAUAUUAAACUAUCCUUUUUGAACUGUACUACAUGUGUUCUUGGUAUGUACAUUGUUUUACUAUACAGUACACCUACUAAAUAAAGUGCAAGCUACAAAUAAUAUAAAUAAAAAUUGUACAUCAGUCUGCUGGGAACAUUUACUACCAAUAUGUCAUGUUCUGAUAAGGUAUUCAUCUCACUCCCUUCCAGUUUAUAAGGAUAUCUUUGUGACCUGUGCAGCUGUUAAGUCUUUUCUCCCAGUAUCUCCCCAGAAGCUAAUGCCGCUUGCUAAUACAUCUUUACGACUUGCUGACUCGGGUACACGCUUCCGUGUGAAUCAUUGCAUAUUUUUACAAUGUAAAUUCUAAAUAUAAAAUUCUCCUGGAAGAGUGGUGAAUGUAAGAAUAAAUCUAAUUUUCUCUGCAAUAGAGCAGUGCAUUACCCAGUUAAGAUUCAUAUGCCUUGGACUGCUACAAAAAUAGAUUUUAUUUAAACUAAAGUGGCUGAUGAUAUGAGUUGAAAGAAUAUCAUUUGCAUAACAGAAACGGGCAUUCUAGAACCAUAGCAAUGAAUCUAUCAGGUUUUCUGGGUAUCCUGUUGUUCACAUUAUAUACUUGUAUCACUUGGCAAUGAGAUACAGUUAUUAGUAGACAAACCACUGUCUGUAUCUGAUGAAUGUAUUCUUGUACUCCUUGCGAACGGUAAAGAGCGCACGCUGAGCAAAUCUAAAAAUAUACACCACCAGUUAAUAUCAAAUUGUAAUUCACUACAAAAGCCAAACAGGUGAGAUAAAUAUCCCUUAGAAUUUAUAAGCGGAUACUCUGCUCCAUCCCAAAGUUUCAGUAAAAAGCUUGCAUAGCCAGAAAAGGCCUUGCUUCCACCAAGUUCAGCCACAUUUGUUUCUGCUGUUGAUCCAAAAGAAGGCAAAUAACCCAAUUUGAAGAUAUUUCCAAUUUUGCAACAAACUAGCAAAAAAACUAAAAUACAUUCCAACCCAAUAAUGGCAGUCUGAUCUCCCCUUCGAUCAUGAAGUUGUUGCCCUACAUAAUAAAGGAACACUAUAGCAUUGAGAAUAAAGACCUGUAUUCCUAACGCUAUAGUGCCCUAUUUGAAGACUUGUUUAAUCCCCCUUCCCUUCCGUUUGGAGCAAAAAUCUAAAAAUGUUUUAUUUUACCAUUACUCCAGCUGCUCCACCUCACGCAACGUUAUCAGACUCUCUCACUGGUGUCCAAUGCAAUACUCCUUAUAGGGGAGCAUUGGAAACUGAUGCGCAUGCACAGCGAGUGUCACUCACUGAUCCAAAUACUUCUCAUAAGAAAGCAUUGAAUUCAGUACUUUCUUAUGAGCUUCAAUUUCACAUACAGCCAGUAGAGGUGGAUUGAAACCUACAAUGUAAACAUACAAUGUUCUAAAGAACCACUGCACCCACUACAUUGAGAUGAAGUGGUCUGGGUGACUAUAUGACCCCUUUAAGUUUUUUUGCAGAAACAUUGAAGUAGGGUUUGAUACAUUGAGCCUUUAGCUCAUCAGUCAUAAGUAAUAUUUAUUGUGCCUGUUUGCUUUUUGUGUUGAAGGAAAAGUAGAUUUUUCAAAUAUAACUUUUGGCAUAUAUUUCUGUAAUUGAAUUCAAUAAAGGUUACUUUUUCCAUGUACUGUGCUGUACAGUUCUGCAUUGUGCUGUGUGUAACUCUGUACUCUUUGCCGAUAUAUCUAUAUAUUUAUAAAAUAUUUUACUCUGUAUGAAUGAUAUGAAUGUCUUUUUCUCCCCAGUCUUGCAGGUUAUGUUGAGGCAAUAUCCUCAAGAUUAGGUUUACCGAUCCCAGACCUGAAUCCUAAACAGGCUGACAUGUGGCAGACACGAGUCAGUGCGCACCUGGUAUGUCAAUUUCCCAUAAAUACUGUCUAAAAAGCAUAACGACAUAAUGCCC